AUGAUGAGCCCUCGUGCCCAGAUGGCCUGUCGAGCAGAGUCCAGAGGUCGUUUCAGAGUAAAUUUUGUGCAGAGUACAGAGAGUAUUCUGAGCGGCGAUAGUGGAGGAGGAACACCCAGCGAAAGCAGCUUAGGGCCAGGGGCCCUGCGCAGUUUUGGUCAUAACACCAUGGAUGCGGUGCCACGUAUAGAUCAUUACAGAAACACCAUGCCCUCUGGGGCUAUGAAGCCAGGGAGGCCAAGCCUGGCAGAACUGCAUGAUGAACUGGACAAGGUGAGCAUAAAGAUCAUGGCUUAUAAUUGGCAGCCGAGCCCACAGUAUAUAGGAUUAAUUACUAAACUUUUUAUUAUAGCAAAUGAAAUCUGAACGCCAAAAGUGAGGUUAAAAUAGUUAAGCUGGGUAUAAAGCUGAGUAGAAAGAUUUUUCCAAAUAAGAUAUUUUAGCUUCAGUGUUUCAAUUCAAAUUAAAUUUUCUAUAAUUUGGAGUUUAACGAAUAACUCUGUAUUUAUGCAAUAAAUGCUCUAAUAUUGAUAGGGAUAUUCAAUUGUGAAUUGUUAAAGUGACAUUCCACUACCCAAAUAACAAUAAAAAAUACAAAUUUAAAUCACCGUUAAUUAGAUAUACCCCAAAUAUAAACUUGCUUGCAUUUAAUUUAUGCUAGUUAUAUCUAAAAAAAAAUUGCAAAACCUGCAGUUCUCUUGUCUGCUGCCAUUGCAAACCCUUCCCUUCUUCACUAGCCCAUACUUUCGGCAGCUGUCCCAUCACAGGCAGGUGCUCGGGCAGUUGCUUCCUCUUGAGUUUAGCUCCACUGAGCUAACCAAACCAGGAAGUGACAGGACCUGUUAUCUGCUUGAAACCAGGUUAAUUUGUAAAAGUGUCAAUUUCUAUUGAAAUCUGCACUUUUUGCAAAAUGCAAAAAUAUAGGACACAUUCUUGACACGUAAAGCAUUUCAGCAAGUUAAAGCUUUAAGGGGUCUGCAAUGUCCCUUUAAGAAUUCAAAAUUAACUUCAUAUUUUAGGCUACAAUAGUGGAACUGAAAGAUAGGCUUGGAGAUUUUUUCCCCCCAUUCGGCUACUUUGCCCUGAAUUGUGAAAUUCACUAUUUACACUAUUUAGUCAAAACCCUACAUGUUUGUUGAUCUCACACCUCUAUAGCUCAAUUAAAACUGAAAUGUGGGAAAUUUAAUCUAUUUAAUCUAGUGUGGGAAAUUUAAUUUGUUUUACAUAUGAUCUGUGUGGCAAUAUUAAGGGGUAUAUUGUGGUUGUGGGAUUUAUUCACUAAACUACAAAUUGUAGCAAAAAUUGAAAUCUUGUUUGUGAAAUUUAGACUAAACGAGUAGAGAUGUCGCGAACCGUCCGCGAACUUCUCGCGAACGGUUCGCCGCGGUGGCGAACUCCGGUCAGCUGACACAUCCCGGCCAAUCUCCAGCAGACCCUCCCUCCCAGACCCUCCCACCUCCUGGACAGCAUCAAUGUUGAAGCUGCCUUCAACAUGGAUGCUGUCCAGGAAGUAGGAGGGUCUGGGAGGGAGGGUCUGCUGGAGAUUGGCCGGGAUGUGUCAGCUGACCGGAGUUCGCCACGAUCGGUUCGUGGCGAACCGUUCGCGAGAAGUUCGUGGACGGUUCGCAACAUCUCUAUAAACGAGCUGAUUUGGAAAAAAUUAAAUUUUCUACCACAAAUAUCUACAACUAGCUGCUGAUGUACUGAAACAUUCUGCAGUUAAGGGCAUAACUAUCAAGAAGUAUAAAUGUAAUUUAUACUCUUAAUGGAUAACAUUAAAGAUAUAACUUGCUUGACUUUCAAUGUUUAUUUAUCGCGCUUUUGUGAGGUACAUUCACUAGUAAGCUGCUUUGAGUUGACAACUGUCUUGGAACGGGUAGGGCAAAAUUAAUUUUUUAAAAAUCCCAACUUUUAGUGUAGAUAUUUUAUUCCAACUUAAUUGUUUUGUUAAUAAAGUUAGUUGGUUGUCAGCUCUCUACUCUUUAGUGACUAGAAUCCAAAGUGUGAUGUUUCUUAAUUUUGUACAUUCAUAUAUAUAUACUGAUCAGCCACAACAUUAAAGGGACACUAUAGUCACCAAAACAACUUUAGCUUAAAGAAACACUGUAGGGCCAGGAACACAAACAUGUAUUCCUGAUCCUACAGUGCUAAACCCACCAUUUAGGUGGCUUGAUCCCCCCCCCCCUUAGCCGCCUUAGAAGAGGUUAAAACAUACCUUAUUUCCAGCAUCUCAAGGGUUCGUCGGCGUUGGCCCUACACCCGAUCCACCUCCUUGGUGACAUCAAGUAUUUAUUUAUUUGCCAUCCUACUCCCACAGACCCCACACUACACAAUAACUCCCCCUUACACACACUGCCCCCCAUACACACACUGUACCCCACAUACACUGCAACCCCACACACACACACACACUGUACCCCACACACACCAACUGUACCCCUCAUGCACAAACUGCCCCACAUACACACACACACUGCACCCCUCACACACAAACUUCAUCCUGCACAAACACAAUACACACACACAGAAUCUCUCACACACGCGCACUGCACCCCGUAUGCACACUGCACUCCUGUACACACACGCACACUGCACCCCUCACACACAUAUUGCACCCCUCACACACACACACACACUACAGCCCCUAUCCUGGCAGACCCCAGGUAAGUUGUCAAACUGUUCUUAAACAGUUUGACUACUUACCCUGGAAAGGGGACUAUUGGCACCAUAACCACUACAACGUAAUGUAGUGGUUAUUUUGCCUGGAUUGUUUCUUUAAAUAAUCUACCAGUGCCACAUUCCCGGUGGCACUGCUCAGACUUUGCAAGAGGAACCCUGCGAUAGAGCUCCCCGGGUCCUCUCCUGCCUCCCUCCCCAGCCGGCGGCCUCAUAUUAGUGCCUCGGGGCUGGUGGGGGAGAUCUUUGAAGGCACACAGCGGACCGACACUCGGAUAGCUCCGUCUCUGCAUGGGCCGACAGUGGAGAUCCUGUGAUCUCCACUGCCAUCGCUGCCCACCGGGCAUUUGCCCGGUAUGCCCGAUGGCCAGUCCGGGCCUGCUUGGGGUGCCUUGGAAAAAUAUUGAAAUAUUAAGCAUGCCUUGAACCUAAAAAGUUUGGGAACCACUGAUCUCUACACUAAAACUGCUAAAUUAAGCUAAAAUUAGUUUUUUUAUGCCGAUAGUGUAGUUUUUAUUUAUAUAUUUUUGGUCUGUAUAAGCAGUAAUAGUAAAUUCUCUGUAUAACUUUUAUGUAGUGAACUAUCCUUUUAUUGAUCCAAAUGUCAAAAUAAUGCUAACAUAAUUAUUUUGUUUUGUGUGUGUGAUCUGACCACUUUAACAAGAAGAACAUACAUAACAAGACCGUCACAUACAUAUAUGAUUCAAUUGCCAAAUAUAACCAUCUAAUCAAUAAUAAGGAAAAAUCAGCUUCAACUAUAACUAGGAACCGUAAAUGGAAACUGUAGUUGUGUCUAAAUGUUUCAUUUUUGUUUCUUGAAAAUGAUCUAAUUCAUCUCAGCGACUUAGAAAUAGUUCUCCCCAAUGAUUGGGUUCUGAAUAUUAAAGUGCAUAAUUACAUACAAAGUACAUAAUUACACUAUAAAUUAUUAACUAAGCACUUAAAACAAAAAUGGACAUACCUCCCUUCUCAUGUCUACUUAGCCCAUAAACAAGCAAAGUGACCUACACACAGUAAUGUGAUUUACAGAUGUAGAACUCAGGGUCUUUUGAGCAAUAAAUUAAUAAAUGAGACUACUUUGCUUGAUGAAACUUGACAAAAGGGGCAGCUACCGCUGUCCAGUCUCUAAUUUUUCCUUGCGGUCACUAGUGACAGCUGUGAGAAAAAAAAUGCAUUAUCAAUGGUGGCUUCCAUGGUCUUGCAGGAUAAUCCAUAGACCUCAAUGCUUUACUCUUGAGUAUGCACAAGAGUACAGCACUGAUGUGGACUCCUGACAGGUAAAGCACUAGCAGCUGAAGAUGACUAACUGGAUUUACUUUGCAGGAGCCUGGAGAGGCUGCUUCAGUCCCGAAAAAGUAAAAUAAAGUAAAACUUACUAUGCCCUGUACCCCAGGUCACCACACUUUUAACCCUUUAGGAACGUAGUCCAAGUUCUGAACCAAAACAAAACCUAGAAUUUGCACAUGUGUUUCUUCCACCGAAAUUUAAGGUUUUCUCUUAAAGGGACACUAUAGUCACCAGAACAACUACAGCUUAUUGAAUUUGUUCAGGCUUUUUGCUGUAAACACUGUCUUUUCAGAGAAAAUGCAGUGUUUACAUUACAGCCCAGUGAUAACUUCACUGGCCACUCCUCAGAUAGCUGUUAGAGAUCCUUCCUGGGUCAUGGCUGCCUAAAAUGCAUCCAAACAUUCAGUGUCUACUCCCCCUACAUGCAGACACUGAACUAUGAGGAGAUGCUGAUUGGCCAGGGCUGUGUUUGAAUCAUGCUGGCUCUGCCCCUGAAUGGCCCCUUUGUCAGUAUCAGCCAAUCCUAUGGGGAUGCAUUGUGAUUGGAUCAGGCUACCACUUCUGAUGAUGACAGAGGUCAGAGGAAUUUCACAUGCAGAGGCAGCAGCUUCAGACUUGAAUACAAGGAAGAUUUUACUAUCUUUAGGGAGGCAAAGGGAGCCAAGGGGGCUAGAUAGUGAUUUUAACACUAUAGGGUCAGGAAUACAUGUCUGUGUUCCUGACCCUAUAGUGCUCCUUUAAGUACCCCCAUACAUAUUAAAGGACUUUAUUUUAAUGUCCUAUAUGUAUACAUAACUCAAAAUUAAAUUAAAUGUUAAAAAUAGUAAAACAUUUAAAGAAAAAGCAAAUGUUUUGCAUUUUUGCUUACAAUAAUUUUUUCACGUUCAGUGCAACUACAGAAAAAGAAUUUAGAACAGAUUGAUGUAUUAGUCCUGAUUGUUAGAUGGCUCAUAUGUUUAGCAUCUAAAUUAAUGUUUGGUAGUUAAGACUAACCCUAACCAUAUGCUUGCACUAACUCUAACCGUAUACCUACCUUAACCUUACCCCUAACUCUAAGCUAUCCAUAACACAGCAUUAACCCUUACCAUACCCUAGCUCUAGCCCUACACUAAGCCAAACCUAACCCUACUCUAACACUAACCCUAACCAAUACUACCUGCUAACAGUACUGAUAUCUGCAGAUACAUUUCCUAAUUAAAACAGUAGAAAGUGGUAUGUGGCUGAUUAAAGGGAUAUAUCUCAGCCUUUCCGGUCUGAAUUGAUUUGAUGAACCGUAAUGUGGAAGCAUUACCCAGACCAACUCAGACCAGAAGGAUGCCCAAGAAAAGAGGUAAGCGUUAAACGGUUCAUCAACGGUUUGACAGAUUACUGGUGGAUGUUGCCUGGGGACUCCUGGCACCAAAACAACUCUACAGUGCACUUCGUACUGUCAUGGUGUAUGGCUUACUUAUGUAAAAUAAUAUAUUCGACACAUAUGACAAUUCAAACAAUGCUGGCUUUGUCUGAUUUAACAAAAAUCAUAAUAAAACUUAAAUUUUUUAUGCUGGCACAAGAGAUUCUAGUUACAACGCUCCAAUACCACCACUGCUUAAAUAUGUCCCCCAGUCAUAGUCCUGUGUCUGCUGAAAAUGUGAACCCCUAUGCCAGCAUCAUGUGUUUGCCGAUGCAUGCUGCUAGAUUACCCCAGUAUGUGGGAGACAAUUCUAUGUCUCCCACAUACUGAGUAAUAUUUCAUUCUUGGUAUGUUUUUAAUCUAGUGCCAGAGGUGAGCCACGCACAUUGCUUUUGCAAUGUUCUGGUCAUAUCUUUAGUUCAUGAGAAGAAGGGUAAUCUAAGAAAUGUAUUUUCUUUCUUUAUAUUGUUUUUUUUUUUAUUGUUUAUUUUUCCGUAGGUGGUCUUUUUCACUAAUAUGGUUUAUUUUCUCUAUUUUUAUUUUGUUGAUAAUCUAAGAAAUUCCAGCAAUAUCUUGGUUAAAUUAAAUUCACCGUAAAAAGUUCUACAAUAUGUCUUACAGCAAAAGAGAAGCACUAAAACUUUUUUUUUGUGUGGUUUUUAAAUUUUUUUUUUAUUAAUUCACAUUAUUAUUAUUAUUUUUAAAAGAUUUUUUAUAAGUGAUUGCUUCAUUACAGUGAAUGUCUAGGUUGCAAAAUGCAGUCAAAAAAAAUAAAUCUUAGUUUUUAAAAUAUUGCUGAUUAAAAUCCUUUUAUAGCUGCAGAAUUGCUUUUGCAACUAAGCUGACCUGCCCCCCCCCCUUUUUUUAAACCCCUUACAAACUUCUUGGUUAAUUGCCAAUUACCAAUCUAAUGCGUAUCAUAGAGAAGGCUUGUGGAUACAGGGAGAAUAAUGUAAAAUCAUCAACACUUCCUCAGAUAACAGAAUAUACCCAAAUACAUUUACAAGCUCUAAAACAUACCUUAAAAUAGUUAUUAAACAUAAGAUUUGCCUGAUGUAAAUGUAUUAUUGUCUGUAUUCUCAUUGCGGUGGCGACUAUAAUUUGACUGUUUUUAUCCAUGCACAACAAAAAUAAAGAAUUUUAAAAAUUUAAAAAAAAUUGUUAUUUAACAUAUAUACAUUGCAUUAUUAAAUAAUUAAACACUGGUUGCUACUUAAGGGUUCUGUGCUCCUUAAGGCUUCUGAGUCUGUAGGCUCCUCUUCAGUGUUUGUGUGAGAUCAUUCUAUUAUAUUACACAGGAGGCUACUGGCAGGGAGCAGUAUUUGUGAAUGCUGUAUACUUCACAGCUAUAAGCAGGGGGGUAAGAUGGACAUAUAAUGUAAAUCCCGAGAUGCUGAGAAAUAGGUCUAAAUAUGUAAGGAGGCUUUGUAAUUUACAGUCAGGGUAGAUGUUGCUAAGACUGCACAAAUAAAGUAAUUUAAUUAUAUUCUGGAGCCUGCAGUAGCCUCGUGUGUGUGAUUUAAGUUUUUAAUUAAAAGAUAACUUCUGUAGUAAACACACUGGGCUAUUUUGAGUAAUUUUUAGGUAAGGUAAUAACAAUUCAUACAAUUAAAAUACAAUUUAGAAGAAUAAUGUAUCUUUUUUACACAGACUGAUUUCUAAACACAUUUAUUGUAGUUUAAAGACACAUUACUUUGAGUAUUAUUGCUGUGGAGCUCUGUUAUACACUCAGACACACCAACAAUAUAGAGCAAGUAGAAAAUAUGGCAACUAGGAUGGAAGAUAGGCAGAGGAAUCAGGGCCCAAAAAAGAGACUGUCCCUCCUAAAGAGGGACACUUGGAAGGUACUGUGCUGUAAAAAUGAAAUGUGUGUGUGCAUGGAGGCUGUGUAAGUCACAUCCACAGAAAAUGUAGCGAGGACUACAUAAGCAAAAUGAUUUAACUCCUACAUGUCAGAGAAUUGAACAGUGAGACUGGAACAGUGAGUUGAAACAGCUGUUGAAAUCUCAGCUAGGACAUUCCAUGCACAUCGGAACAGAGGUUUUAUAAAAUAUAUUGUUAGAAUACAACGUAUACCCAUUAAAAUAGUGCUUCUCUGUGACGCACUAAUCACCAGAUUCUGACUCUGAAAUAGUCUUUCAAGCUUAAUGCGUGAUUCAGCCUCAUAACACUGUCCCUGGGGACCCUGAUUUAUUCCUGUAAAAGCCAGAUAGACAGUGAAGGGAGUGCCUUUGUUAUGUAUUAAUUUAUCAUCAUAAUUUUUCAAGCAGUAAAAAUCCCAAUUUAACAUACUGUAUGGUUUAACCCCUAGAGAACCACAAAUACCCACUGGAUGGUACAAAGAGGUAUGUCACAGACCUGAUUUUCCAUUAAACCUAAAGUCAUAAUAAUUCUUUAAAGGGACACUGUAGUUCGUUACCAGAACAACGACAGCUUAAUGUAAUGGUUCUGGUGUCCAUAGUCAGUCCUUGCAGGCUUUUUAAUGUAAGCACUUCCAGAGAAAAGGAAGUGUUUUACAAUGCUACCUAGUAUCAGUAACUCUCAGUCAGACAGCCACUAGAGUUGCUUCCUAGUCUAGUGCUGCACAGUGUGCAGCACCUACGUUCAGUGUCUCCACGCUCUGCAAGGAGAUGCUGAAUGUUCCCACAGAGAGGUUUUGGGUCCCCCCAUCCUUUUUCACAUAGGGAUGGUGAAUUGGGGCGAAGCAAAUCAAUGGUUUCAGGGCCCCUGUCUAAGUCCUGUGCCAUCGGCAGACACCAAGUCUCCUUACGGUUAAUCUUGCUCUGGUAGUACCUAGGGUUAAAUUGAGAUGUUAAUGGUCCUAUGCCAGCAUUGUAAUACACAACUGUAUUGUUUGUCUUGAAUAUCAAACUGUAACCACCAGGAAACACAGAAAUGUCGGUAUUUGGGAUAAUACACUUGGCACAAUGCUUAAUGUACAGAGUGUUAGUUUUUUUGACUAUUCACUAUGUACAGAUUUCUGUUUAUAUUCAGCUAACUGGAGAUUCUAUGUAUUAUAACAAGUGUUUAUCGUCAUUAGGAUUCGUUUGGUGGUUUUGCAAAUGGCGAUGGAGUCAGCAUUUCGGAGAAUGAUUUGGUGUUGCAAGUGGUGGAGUCCAGUGGAGUCGUUAAAUUUGGUUGGAUUAAGGGAGUUCUGGUAAAUUAUCAAUACUACUAAUUGCCACUCAGUUUCAUAUUCAUUUGUAAGUCAUAAGACCACCCACCCAUUUACAAACAGACCCUGAUUUUCGCUUAAUAUAUUAUUUAAUGGAGAGAUAUUUUCACUUAACAGUGACUUGUAAUGCGAUACCCACUAUAUAAAUAUAGCUGUAAAAAUUGCUUGUAAAAUGGGAAAUAUUUUCCAAUUAGUCUGUUUUACAGGCUUAUUUACUAAAAUGAAUUCUAAGUGAAUUGCAAAUUUAAAAGGACACUAUAGGCACCAUAGCAACUUUAGCUUAAAGGGACACUAUAGUCACCCAGACCACUUCAGCUCAAUGAAGUGGUCUGGGUGUCAGGUCCCUCUAGGGUUAACCCUGCCUGAUGUAAACAUAGCAGUUUAUGAGAAACUGCUAUGUUUACAUCUGGGGUUAAGCCAGCCUCUAGUGGCUGUCUUCCGGACAGCCACUAGAGGUGCAUCGGCAAUGAUUGAGGCAUAUUAUGCCUCAAUCACGCAGAACGUCCAUAGGAAAGCAUUGAAAAAAGCUUUCCUAUGCACACUUUGAAUCAAUCAGCGCCGGUGACGUCAGGCAAGGGGGGGGGGGGAGGUGGGGAAGGUAAGGGAGCCCGGCAGGGGAAAAGGGUGAGUAGCUGAAGGUGUUUUCCUGACACUAUAGCGGUUUUCCUGACACUAUAGGGUCCCUUUCAUGAGGCAGUUUUGGUGUAUAGAUCAUGCCCCUGCAGUGUUACUACUCAAUUAUCUGACAUUUAAUAGCUAAAUCACUUUUCUUUCAUUUGAUGAAGUCCUAUCGACACCUCCCCUGACUGUGACUCACAUAGCUUACAUGAAAAAAAAUCAGACUUUAACUUGCUUUAUAAGUUUUUAUCCUGAUCUGUGAAUUGAACUUUAAUCCCACACAGAAGGCUGCUGCAGGGUCUAGAAAGAUAUUAACAGAGCAGGAGGUAAGAAAUUCUAAAUUAAACAUUAUUUGCAAUAAAGGAAAUUUGAACAUUAGAUCUCUUUUUACAUGCAGCGAGGUGUGAUUAGGGAUGUAUAAAUAAAAUGAUUUAAUGCCUAAAUUUCAGAGAAUUGAGCAGUAAGACUGCAGGGACAUGAUCUAUACACCAAAACGGUUUCAUUAAGCUAAAGUUGAUUUGGUGCCUAAAAAAGGCCAGAGUAGCACAACUGAAAUCAUAGCUGAUAGAGAACGCUUCCAGUUAGGCACAUUUGAUCUUAAAUUUGAAAUUCACUUUGAUUUCCCGACAAUUCUUUCUUUAGUAAAUUUCACUAUAGGACUUUCACUUCUUACACCUGCUGUCCCAUUAUAUUUAUACAUCUAAUAUAUAUCCAGUCUUCUUCUAACAAAAAGCCGAAUAGAUAUAGACAUAGAACCAGUUUGGUUUCUUAUUCUUAUUAUUUGAUUAAUUAAAUUUAGAUAUGUUGUUUAGAUGCUUAGAGUAUUAUAUAAGCCUAUAUUUAUAAACUCUAUACCCGCUCUAUUAAACCCCAGCUCUUCUGUUUGUACCCUUUACCCACAACAAUAUCCACACAAAAUACCGUAUAAUUAAUUCCAAAUACUGUGCAUUAAAGUGUUUGUAUGAUUUCUGGGGACAGUUUCCUGGUGUCCCCAAAAGCGCAACACCAGGGAACAAAGUUGGGUUGGCGGGACAGGACUCAAACAUAGGGACUGUUCAGAAGAUAUCGGGUCUGUUGGGAGGUGUGCCCAAAAACUUCAUGACCGGUUUUCUGCAAUUUAUAUCACAAUGACAUUUUAAAGGUAUAGUGUGAAACAUGUUAUCAUAUUUCUAUACAGGUGAGAUGUUUGUUGAACAUCUGGGGUGUUAUGUUGUUCAUGAGACUUUCCUGGAUUGUAGGUCAAGCUGGUUUAGGUGAGUGAUAACUUCUGUUACAACAUAAUAUGACUAGUGAUGUCUGAAAUGUACUAAAAGGUUGUAAUACUGUGGACCACCUUCAUUAUUCAUUAUUGAAAAUCUUCACUGGGAAGUGUCUGACUGACAGCCACUAGAGGCAUGCUGUCUGAAAAAGUAAAAUUAAUUACUGUUUCUCAUUAAUGGCAAAGCUUACAUUUAUCAGACCCAGUCUUCACUCAUUCAAAAAAUCUUUGAAAACACACUUCUUCAGUCACUGUGUCACUUUACCCCACUUCCUCUAACAUGUAAGCUCAUUGAGCAAGGCCCUCAACCCCUCUGUUCCUGUGCGUCCAUGUGUCUGGUUACAAUUACGUGUCUGUUAGUAUACCCAUUGUACAACGCUACAGAAUUUGCUGGCGCUAUAUAAAUAAUAAAAUAAUAAUAAUCAGACAAAGGGAAAAUGGUCUCUGCACCAAAAUCACCUCAAUAAAAUGCAUUGGCUUUUAAACUUCGAGUGUCCCAUCAAUGCUCUUGAGAAGCAACCUAAAUCAUGUAUUCGGUUUUUAUAUAUAUAUAUUUUUUUAUUCAAAUCCCAAAAGAAAGAUAAAGGAUAAAAUAAGUAUGGCAAAUAUGGUAUUUAUCAAAAGCAAAAUUUAUUUCAAGUAAUGAUAGUCAUAAACAAUGUGCUAGAAUUUAUAUUUAUAAAGGUGUGAAAUUAGGAUUCCUGUCGCCUGAUGCCCAGGACAUGUGGUUCUGGGCCUGUGCAGGAAGUGACUUUCAUCCUUAAGCCCUGCAGGGCUGCUACAGGGGCCUUGGCAGGGAGCAUGUGGUCUGGUUUGACAAUUUGAAGAUAUUGAUCAGCAUCCUACCACUGUGUCGGUUUGUGUGUCAUUUUCUUUCCAGUUAACGAAGUGCCUAUCUGUACCGCUAUGCCCCUUAAAGAGGUCUAUGUGACUGGCAGCAAUAUAUCAAGAGGCCACCCGAGGAGACCCCCAUAACAUACACACUAUUUUUUUAUUUAUUACUGGGAUUUUUUAUUUAUUACUGGGUUUUAUAAAGCGCCAGCAUAGUCUGCAGCGCUGUACAUAUUAUACAUAUACACACUCAUACACCCUAAUACACGUUCAUACACUUGCAGUUACACACUUAGGCUCAAAUCCCUCUAUCCCAAUAUCCCUCUUUUUCUAGGAGCUCCAUAUCGUUGUUGUGUCUGAGCGAAUUACAGAGCCCCACAGCAAUAAUACUCACAAUAAUGUUUCUUUAAACUGCAAUAAAUAUGUUUAGAAAUCAAGAUACAUACAAUAUAAGGUGGAGUAUCUUCUUAUUUAAAUAGCUAUGUGUUUAGAAAUCAGUCUGUGCAAAUAAGAUACCAUAUUCUUGUUUUUAAUUACAUUUUAUCAGUAAAAUGUCUCAGAACAGCCCACCCCAUGGCCACACCGCACUCUGACCCUUAAAGUAUCCCUCUUUGACCAUUUGAAAUGUUGCAAGGUAUGGCUGAUGAGGAUUUCAGGAAGCAAUGUGGGUUCAGAGAUCAGAAAACACCCCACAUGACCUACCUGUUAAUUUUAAUGCAGUGAAGGUGGGGCGUUACUAAACUAAUCAAAGAGAUUCAUUAACUUUCACUUCCACUGCUAAUUUUCUUACUGUGUGUCCGAGUGUGUACAUGUAUCACUGAGUGUAUACAUGUGUCGAUAUGUAUGUAGACAUGUGCCUGCAUUUGCAAUGGUGAAAUAGCGGAAGUGGGGGUACUGCGUGGAGGGUGACAUUGGAAUGGGGAGAUGGGAAGAGUGUGCCUUUAAGGUGUGGGGUGAAAUCAGGACACUGAGGUGAGGAGGUGAAAGUAGAGACCCAGGGGUAGGAAUAGGGACAAUGGGUAUUUAUUGAUUAUAAUUUUGCAGCGGAACAGUAAGAUAUUUCAAGCUUUAUCCGGUGGCCACGCCAGUUGGGGUGGAAUCUUAAGGGUCUAUGGUAUAGCCUGCAAGAUAGGGUGUCAUAGAUAUAUGAAAGGUCCGACUUGACCCCUUUUGGGGGCGAUGAUCAUGUUUUACUUUGAUGUCAUGCCCCAGAUAUAUUUGUAUACUAGCUACACACCUGCUUAUAGGAAGAAGAUGUGUCUAGCAUGUUAGUUUUCUUUUUACCUCCUUAUCAGCGAUAGUUGGAGACAUGUCAUGCAUCAGUAUGUUUUCUUCUGUACAGUCAGUGUUUUAUACUUUAUAUUUCAUUACACUGUUUUUAUAGGGUAAUUAAAGGUGUUGUAAAAGUAUCUUUCCUCUAACAGCAAGCAUCUUUCUGAUCUACACUUCCUAUCGUUCUUUGCUACAGGCUGCACAGUUGUGAUUAUCUUAAUGGCCACAAUGGUAACAGUUAUAACAGGUUUGUCCACAUCUGCGAUCGCGACUAACGGCUUUGUCCGAGGAGGUAAUUUCAAACCCCUGUUUUUAUAAUCUGCUCUCUAAAUCCCCCAUUCUGGCCUCGUUGCUGCAUGUAGUUUAGUUAUCCUGGCUUAGCUUCUCAUGCAGCACUUGCUGUUACCUCAGUCAACUCUGUAAAUGCUCCAAUUUCUCCUUAUUGCAAUUUCUACUAGUAUGGUUUACACUAUUAUGAUUUCAAUACUCCAUAUAAUUUAUUUCAGGAAAUCCCUGUGUUACUCAAUCUGAUUACUUAUAUAAUUCAUUCUAGUGCAGCGAUGUCCAUCCUCUUCUGUGCAGAUGGCCACAUUUUGUCAGACUGAUAGCAAGCUAGAGUUUGCUAAUGCAUUUAUUAUAAUGGAUUAUUUACAGUUGCAAGAAAAAGUAUGUGAACCCUUUGGAAUGCUAUGGAUUUCUGCACAAAUUGGUCAUAAAAUGUGAUCUGAUCAUCAUCUAAGUUACAACAAUAGACAAUCACACUCUGCUUAAACUAAUAACACACAAAGAAUGAAAUGUUGCCAUGUUUUUAUUGAACACACCAUGUAAACAUUCAUAGUGCAGGUGGAAAAAGUAUGUGAACCCUUGGAUUUAAUAACUGGUUGAACCUCCUUUGGCAGCAAUAACUUCAACCAAACGUUUCCUGUAGUUGCAGAUCAGACGUGCACAACGGUCAGGAGUAAUUCUUGGCCAUUCCUCUUUACAGAACUGUUUCAGUUCAGCUAUAUUCUUGGGAUGUCUGGUGUGAAUUGCUUUCUUGAAGUCAUGCCACAGCAUCUCAAUCAGGUUGAGGUCAGGACUCUGACUGGGCCUCUUCAGAAGGCGUAUUUUCUUCUGUUUAAGGCAUUCUGUUGUUGAUUUACUUCUAUGCUUUGGGUCAUUGUCCUAUUGCAACAUUGUCCUAUUGCUUCAGCUGGUAGACAGAUGGCCUUAAGUUCUCCUGCAAAAUGUCUUGAUAAAUUUGGGAAUUCAUUUUUCCUUCGAUGAUAGCAAUCCGUCCAGGCCCUGACGCAGCAAAGCAGCCCCAAACCAUGAUGCCCCCACCACCAUACUUCCCAGUUGGGAUGAGGUUUUGAUGUUGGUGUGCUGUGCCUUUUUUUCACCACACAUAGUGUUGUGUGUUUCUUCCAAACAACUCAACUUUGGUUUCAUCUGUCCACAGAAUAUUUUGCCAGUACUGCUGUGGAACAUCCAGGUGCUCUUGUGCAAACUGUAAGCGUGCAGCAAUGUUUUGUUUGGACAGCAGUGGCUUCCUCUGUGGUAUCCUCCCAUGAAAUCCAUUCUUGUUUAGUGUUUUACAUAUUGUAGAUUCGCUAACAGGGAUGUUAGCAUUUGCCAGUGACUUUUGUAAGUCUUUAGCUGACACUCUAGGAUUCUUCUUCACCUUAUUGAGCAGUCUGCACUGUGCUCUUGCAGUCGUCUUUACAGGACGGCCACUCCUAGGGAGAGUAGCAGCAGUGCUGAACUUACUCCAUUUAUAGACAAUUUGUCUUACCGUGGACUGAUGAACAGCAAGGCUUUUGGAGAUACUUUUAUAACCCUUUCCAGCUCUAUGCAAGUCAACAAUUCUUAAUCGUAGGUCUUCUGAGAGCUCUUUUGUGCGAGGCAUCAUUCACAUCAGGCAAUGAUUCUUGUGAAAAGCAAACCUAGAACUGGUGUGUGUUUUUUAUAGGGCAGGGCAGCUGUAACCAACACCUCCAAUCUCAUCUCAUUGAUUGGACUCCAGUUGGCUGACAUCUCCAAUUAGCUCUUGGAGAUGUCAUUAGUCUAGGGGUUCACAUACUUUUUCCACCUGCACUGUGAAUGUUUACAUGGUGUGUUCAAUAAAAACAUGGCAACAUUUCAUUCUUUGUGUGUUAUUAAUUUAAGCAGACUGUGAUUGUCUAUUGUUGUGACUUAGAUGAUGAUCAGAUCACAUUUUAUGACCAAUUUGUGCAGAAAUCCAUAUCAUUCCAAAGGGUUCACAUACUUUUUCUUGCAACGGUAUAUAAUGCAUUAAAAAGAAUGUGUCAAUCGACUGUCCCUUUAACCUCUUUUUGACUCUUUCUUUUGUUCCACGGCCUCUCACUAUUUUUCUUGAUGUUUUGCCUGUCAUUCUACAUGGAUUUGGUUUGCCAGCUGUUAAUAAUGAGUCUUUAUUCCUCUCUGCUAAGGUGGGGCGUACUACCUGAUCUCUCGCAGUCUUGGCCCAGAAUUUGGAGGUUCCAUCGGUCUGAUAUUUGCUUUUGCCAAUGCAGUGGCUGUUGCAAUGUAUGUUGUUGGAUUUUCAGAGACUGUCAGUGACUUAUUAUCUGUAAGUUUUAUUGAGUCUUUGCUUCUAGUCAUGUAAAUCCACCCCCCCCCCCCAAUAAUAUUGACGGACACACUCUCAUAAUCAAUUAUUUUUAUUUUUUGCUCGUAGUAGAAUUACCUUUCUUUUUCAUGUUUAUUUAAAGGAACACUAUAAGGUCAGGAACACAAAAAUUUAUUCCUGACCCUAUAGUGUAAAAACCAACAUCUAGCCCCCCUGGUUUCCCAUUUCCCCCCUAAAUAUAAUAAAAUCUAACUUUUAUUCAAGUCUGCUGCUGCUGGCUCUGCCUUUGAUCUGCCUGCUUGGCUGACAUCACCAGAAGUAAUUAUCCGAGCCACUCACAAUGCUUUGCCAUAGGAAAGCACUGGAUUGGCUGAGAUUGUCAAGGAGGCAGAUCAGGGGCAGAGCCAGCACAAGCCAAACACUAAUAGCCAUCUGAGGAGUGACCAGUGGAGGUACCCCUAGGCUGUAAUGUAAACACCGCAUUUUCUCUGCAAAAAGCCUGAAGGGAAUGAUUAUACUCAUCAGAACAAAUAUAAUACACUGUAGUUGUUCUGGUGACUGUAGUGUCCCUUUAAAUAUAUAUAAAUUCUCAACUAUAGUUGUAUGCAAAAUCCCCCUAUCAAAAGGCAAAUUUAAAAGGAGACUCUGGGCACCAAGGUAUAAGAAUGUCUAUUAUAUGCCUAUGUAUGCAAAAUUCCCAUGUGUCUUAACCUCACCCCUUAUAUGCCCCAUGAGAAAAAAAUAUAGCUGUACAUUUCACUCUAAACCCGGGGGUGGUGCCAAAUGCUGUUAUGGCCAAUCAGGACCUCCUCAUAGGGAUGCUUUGAAUCAAUGCAUCUCUAUGAGGAAAAUUCAGCGUCUCCAAUGGAGCUAUUAUACUCACCAGAACAACUACAUUAAGCUGUAGUUGUUCUGGUGACUAUAGUGUCCCUUUAAUUUUCAGUCAUCGAUAAAGGGGAGAAUGGAAAGAAACUGUAUACGUCAUGAGACAGUCCUUGCAAGGCCAGUAAAUUAUAUUUUGUUUGCAAUCUCCCGUUCCAGGUGGGAGGUGCCAUUCAACCUAUAAUCCAGGCUCCAUUUAGCAUUUUUCAUUUCAUUUACCCUUUUCGUUUGGCUUUGUAGGCUUGGAUUAAGCCGAAAUCUUUAUCUCACAAGCUUGGUGUCAGUUCUCAGGUCAAAGCUAAAGGUUUGCAAAAAGACCAACAACAUAUUGAUACGCAAUUCAGUUAUUUUAUUCCCCAAGUACAGUACACUUAUUCAGAGAUUUAAAAGAGUAGAAACGUUAACAAAAUCUAUUCAUGAGCUGGUAAAUAGUUUUGGACAAGAACAUUAGCGAAUUUCUCAUUAUUUGACAUGUAUUACUCAUGCAACAUCUGUACUUGUUACUCAAUUUGAUCAGCAUUUGUGCACUGAGCAUAUUGUUGGACUCUUGUUCCUCUCUUAUGCCCCGCACCCACAUUUACUUUGGACCUGAACUUGAUCAAUCAAUACUUAGCUAAGUUGCCAUAUCCCUCUUUUAAUCAGAAAGCUUCAUUAAAAAAACAACCACAAAAAAACUAAUCUUAAACGCUAACUAAGUCUUUACUACUUUGUCAUAAAUUAGAGCUAUGUUGGCAUAAAAUUAUGCAUAUCCUAUUUUAUGUUUUCAAGAGUAAUAAAUUGUAUCCCCAUGCAAGUUGCUCGGUAAAAAGUAGCUUUAGUUCUUUAUAGUAUUGUUAAAAUGUCAAUUACAUUGUUUGCUUGGUAGCCAGAUUGUCAGAGGCUCCUGAGAUUUGGUCAUUGUGUUUAUGUCUGUAUGGGUCUGUAGGAUCUAGUCCUGCUUGACUUGUGAUGAUCAUUGUCCAUCUUUGUCUUCCUAAAGGAACAUGAUAUUACUAUAAUAGAAAGAACUCAUGACAUUAGAAUCAUUGGUUCUGUCACAGUGGUGCUGCUUUUGGGAAUCUCUACAGCUGGCAUGGAGUGGGAAACAAAGGUAUGAUCUGUAAAUGUAUGCUGCAACUAACAAAGAAUGGACUAAUGUGGCCAAAGGGUCAACGUUUUCUAGCUAGGAACAAGAAAAUGUGAAGGAGGUGACCUUAACCUCUUAAGGACCAAACUUCUGGAAUAAAAGGGAAUCAUGACAUGUCACACAUGUCGUGUCCUUAAGGGGUUAAGAUACACAUGAAUGGUUUAAAGUAUAUUAAAAUAAAACCAUGUGUAUGAAUAAAAAGUCUGAAGUAACGAUGUCAAAGAUAAUUAAUAAAAUAACAAAUACAUCCAAGAUGGUGACAAAGGAUGGUUCCUUUAAAUGUUCUUGCUGUCGUUGAAUACUUUUCAGUCAUUAAAGGAUACAUUUAAUUCUUUGCAAAUUAUAGUUUGCAUAAAAACAAUUGGGCAAUAGCAAUUUCCAAAUUUAAAGAUCUUUGGGAAGAGCUGUCAAGUGGUUAAUAUUUUAAAUAGUUACUCUAACCUUUUUUGAUGGGGUGUCCUUUUUCUAUGUAAAAUUCCCUAUUGGACACCAUAAAUUAGACCGCUGUUAGGUACUUACUUUGUUGCGCGGAAGUCCCCCUUUUCGCAUUUUGUGGAGAAGGGUCCGGAGCAACUAUGGGGAGUUUCGCUUAUGAUACGGGUGAGGCGUAGGGAGGGGGAACCUUGCCUGUUUUAGACUCUCUGCAGAGUUGUAUUAGCACAGCUGCAGUAUGUAGAAGUCAGAGAGGGGCACACAUAUGAAGCUAACUAGUUAAAAUCUUUAGUCAAUGGUUUGCUUAAUCAGGAACAGACUUAUUUAAUUAAACAAGAACAAAAAUUAGUUACAUCUCAAAAGCAAAAUGGCUACAUAGUAAUAGAGAGAAAGGAGGUGAAGAAAGACAGGAAGAUAGGAUAUUUCCGAUCCAGCACCACAGAGACUGUAGAGCGCAGACAGUUAAGUGUUACCAGCUGAACCAUUUACUAACUCAUGGAAUGUCACAUGAGAAGGUCCAGGCCCGAUUUCCCAAAAGGCCAAUGAGGCCACAGCCUCAGGGCAGCAAGCGGGGCAAAUGGGUAAAAGCAAGGAGGGCAAAUCUGGCGCUGACAUCAAGGCCAACUAAUUGUGGCACCUAAUUUUUCCUUCUAUAUUUUAGGCACAGAUCACCUUGCUUGGGAUACUGGUCGCAGCUUUGGCAAACUUUUUUAUUGGUACCUAUAUUCCAGCUGAUGAGGAAAAGAAGUCUAAAGGAUUCUUUAACUACAGAGGUAUCUAACUUCAUAAAUACCAAGAAUGGUGUUAACACCCAACUUACUUCAUGAGGGACAUGGGCCAAAUGAGAAAAUUACAGCAUAUCCAUUGAGCUAAAACAAAUCUAAAAUGGUCAGAUUCAAUAAUCAUUGUCUAUUGGGAUGUGCUAUAAUUUAGAAAUUUAUUGUACGAUAUCAUCAUGAUGUAAUUGGGAGUCUGGCUUUCUACUGUAUGUUAAAACAGUUUUCGAAGCCAAGACUGGUCAUAACCAUUAUGCAUGCAGACUUCAAAGAUUUUAGCAGACACCUGAAUACUAUUAUCUCUAUAGCCAAGUAUAAAGCCCAUUCAUUUUCUGCAGACCAUUGCCAGGUCAUUGAGUCUCAAGUUCCAGACAUGAAGAUAGCCCUCUAUGCUUCUUCGUUUGCUACAUCUCUAUCUUCCAGUUUCUUGUUCUGAAUUUUCUGUGGUAUAAAUGUAAUCUCCUUCUGGAUUUCCACAAGUCAAAACUGCCUGGAUCUGUCCAACACACAAUACAAAGUCCCUUGGGUAAGAGUGAGAAGUUUAGUAAAGAUCAGCUUGGAACGUCAUUACAUCACAAUUAAUUAGUAUACCGGAUCGCCAAUCUGCACUGCUGAUGUUCCUAAGGAAAUAAAACCAACAAACUCCUAAUUGAACGUUUUGCACAUUAAAAUGCAAUUGCAGAAAUCCACUUAAAUUCCAAAUUGGCAAGCCCCAUCACAAAGUCUAGUAACCAAAUGCCAGAUGUGUACACAUUAUCCAUCCAUAUGUAGAUGUGGGGAUCUGUACAUAUACCAGAUGAAGUAGUUACCUGCUUAAAAAGUAAUUAAAUACCAGGUCCAAACAUGCCCAAUAUCAACUUAGUCCUGCUUGUAAAUUAAUAAACAAGCCCUAUAAUGUUAUAUAAAGCAUGUCUCGUAUUAAAAUUAUUUAACAACUUUUAAAAAAUGUGUAUUAAUUUCCACUGGCUAAUGUGGCUUUUUGUAUUUCUCUCCCAGUCAUUCAGGCAUUUCUAUCUUUGACGUUUAGCAAUUUACAUAACAUACAGUCUUAAUCCAAAUUGCUAUUCUUUUACUUUCCUGAGAAAAAAAAAUGAACUAAUUAUUUUAUGCAAUUAACCACAGAGACAAACAGGAAGGUCAGUUAUGAUCGUCACGUACUAUCUGGAUCAGGGCUUUGUAAGACACCUGCACUUUAAUGCAGGAACUAUUGUAAAGUAACUUAAUAUAUAAUUAUGGUAAUUAUAAUACAGACUAAGCUGCUUAAUUAAGAGACUAUGUAUGUUAGUUGUUGAUGCAUAUUUGAAACUAGGGUGUUAGAAUCCAUGAGUAUCUUUCAGAAACAGAUAGUUUCAAAUACAGAAAAGUAUAUAUAAGAAAGAAUAAUGUAAUAAUUUUUGGGACAUUCAAGAUAUCUAGAAACCUAGAUGGUAUCCAGCCACGUUGACCCCUCUGUUUAUUCCCUAAGGCCUGUGAGAUGUUACGAAAGAACAGAUAGUUCAACAAUAUCUGCUUCUCAAUUAUGCCAUAGGUUGGUGAUAGAGAGAUGAUGUACAACAGUUGGUCUAGGUUAGGGUUCCUUAACCUUUUAUGAAAGGGAUCUAAAUUGCUUUAGCUUAGCGAGCCUUUCUUCAGUUUUUAAAAAAGCCAAUUGAUCCAUUUUCAACUGUCAUAAAAUACACUUCAAAAUCAAUUCGGCCAAAAAACCUCCAUUAGAACAUUGUGUGCCUGUUCCACCUGAUGAAGACCUAUUUCAAUGUCAUAGAGACCCAAUUUUGUGAUCCGACCCAGUGACCAAAAAUCACUGUUCUUGGGGAAAAUCAAUCCCCUGAUCCUCUAAUGUAUCAUUCCCUGUUCCAAUUCAAGUACCUAACUAUGGGCAUUUUAUUUAGCCAUGUAUUCCUUUAUUAUCAAACAUAAGCUAUAUCUCUCUGGGUUACAGAUAUAAUCAAUUGCAGAAUACUGGGGAGGUUUGAAAACAUAUGUCAAGUAAGAGUUAUUUUCCACAGUUUUGGAAACUAAAUAUUAGCUUUUAGGAAUAUUUUAAAGUAUAUUAUGUUUUUUUCUUGAAAAUAUUGCAAGAUAUAGAAAAAACAUGUACUCAAAGGUUAUUUUUUAUACUUUUUUUAUAUACAACAUUAAUUGAACAAUUUCCUAACUAUAGAAGGAGAAAAGUAGCGUUGGUGGGAAGGAAUGGUUAGGUUUCGGUCAGGGGCUUGAUCUAUGACAUAUGGUUAAUAGUGGUUAGGUCCAUGACAUAUGGUUAAGAGUGGUUAGAUCCAUGACAUAUGGUUAGGAGUGGCUAGGUCCAUGACAUAUGGUUCAGAGUGGUUAGGUCCAUGACAUAUGGUUAAGAGUGGUUAGGUCCAUGACAUAUGGUUAAUAGUGGUUAGGUCCAUGACAUAUGGUUCAUAGUGGUUAGAUCCAUGACAUAUGGUUAAGAGUGGUUAGAUCCAUGACAUAUGGUUCAGAGUGGUUAGAUCCAUGACAUAUGGUUAAGAUUGGUUAGAUCCAUGACAUAUGGUUCAGAUUGGCUAGGUCCAUGACAUAUGGUUAAGAGUGGUUAGAUCCAUGACAAAUGGUUAGGAGUGGCUAGGUCCAUGACAUAUGGUUCAGAGUGGUUAGGUCCAUGACAUAUGGUUAAAAGUGGUUAGAUCCAUGACAUAUGUUUCAUCAUGGUUAGGUCCAUGACAUAUGGUUCAGAGUGGUUAGGUCCAUGACAUAUGGUUAAGAGUGGCUAGGUCCAUGACAUAUGGUUCAGAGUGGUUAGGUCUAUAAAAUAUGCACAAUCUUUGCAAUAGUUCUUAAUUCAAUCUUGACAAUGUAUAUAAACUGGCAACAUUUGUUAAUUAAGUUAUGCAUCUUCUGAAUUAUGUAUAAACUGAUACUAGUAUAUUCGUGUGUUAAACAUUCUUAAUAAUUUGACAUGUUCCCUUUUUUCCCACAGCUGCUAUCUUCCUUGAAAAUUGGGGGCCUGAUUACCGUGAUGGUGAAAGCUUCUUCUCUAUAUUUUCGAUAUUCUUUCCAGCGGCCACUGGAAUCCUGGCCGGAGCAAACAUAUCAGGCGACCUCGAGGUGACUAGAAACUACUGGCAUUUUAUAAUAUGUAUCACCUCUAUUAUUACUUCUCCAAAGUUUGUUGUUCCAAAUUCCCCAUUUUAUUAGAUAAUAUCAAUGCUUUAAAAAUCCUUGUUCAAACCCCUGUUUUAUAGAUUCUCUCUCAGAUAUGUCCUGUUUGCUCUUUGCAAAAAAAACCCUCUGUAAAUCGUUGAACUUUUUUUACUUGAUCGUUAUUAUAAAUUACCUUUUUAAAUCACAUCUUUAAUCACCAGCCAAUCUCUCAUCCAACCUUCCCAUGUAUCCAUUGUAUCAUUUAUCUACUGCUCAAUGCAAUAAGAUACUUAUCCCAAAGUUCUUUUUAGGAUCCGCAGUCUUCUAUACCGAAAGGAACAUUACUGGCAAUUCUUAUAUCCACCACUACUUACCUGGCAGUGGCCGUCGUUUCAGGUAUCCAUUAACCAUAUUCAGGGGCACGUUCUGCUUGUCAUUUGACUUGGUGUAAAAUUUAUUAUUACACACAUAUACAGGAAUUGAAAGAAAAUUCUAGUGCUAUAGAGAACUCCAGUAAAAUGAUGCAGGUUUUUUUUUUUUAAUUUGUAAUCUUUAUUUUAAUGUAUAUGCAAAAUAUAAGUACCCAAAAGGGAAUUCACAUCAUGUGAAAAAAAUGAUAUCACUAUAUCCAUAUAAUGCAGAGCCAUGCUACCUGGGGCAAAGCUGUCAUGAUUCCACACUAGGUCACCACCAUAAAUAAGAUAGGAAUAUGAUAAAUGUCUGGCCUAUGGGUGGGUCACUAUAACUGGAAAAGUUCACAAAGUAAUUUUCAUGUAUUUAUUUUUUUACCACCUUUUCUGUCUGGUUCUCUUUGAUUAACCCAAUGGCAGACAGUACCUUUAUUCUCUUCCUAGCAUAAAUAACUCCUUUGGCCAAUAAAUAGUGGUUGAUGGGAUUCCACCCAGUGUAGGUAUCGGUUGUCCAGCAACAUUGGCGCAAUCCUUAGCUCCUAAACAUCCAUAAGUCAGCAGUUAAUAAAAUCCAUAUGAGAUGACUCUAGCGAGGACAAAGCAAGCUCAAGGGUUGCUUUUGGCUUAACUAGUACUAUAAACUUUAAUCCCCAUAAUUUUUUUUAGAGGGGUCCAAUUAAAUGAAGUUUAAAAAAGAGGGGUACAAAGGUAUUUGCUACUCUUUUUGUAAUGUACUUCCAAAUGCCAUAUUUUUUAAAUUCAAAUCCAAUAUAUAUUUUUUUAAUACAUUUAAAGAGUGCUUAAGCAGACACAGGAUGCCGAGUAGUUUCAAUGGAUUGAUAAAACGAAUAUAAAGGCUGCGCCACAAGACUGUAAACGGAACCACAACAUGUAGCGCCAAAGAUUCCUGGUGGAAUGUAAUAUCCCUGAAUCGCAUGAUCUUUCAUCUGGAGGAAAGAAGAGACAGGGGGAAUAUGAUAGAAACAUUUAAAUAUAUAAAGGGAAUCAACACAGUAAAGGAGGAGACUAUAUUUAAAAGAAGAAAAACUACCACAACAAGAGGACAUAGUCUUAAAUUAGAGGGACAAAGGUUUAAAAAUAAUAUCAGGAAGUAUUACUUUACUGAGAGGGUAGUGGAUGCAUGGAAUAGCCUUCCAGCUGAAGUGGUAGAGGUUAACACAGUAAAGGAGUUUAAGCAUGCGUGGGAUAGGCAUAAGGCUAUCCUAACUAUAAGAUAUGGCCACGGACUAAUGAAAGUUUUUAGAAAAUUGGGCAGACUAGAUGGGCCGAAUGGUUCUUAUCUGCCGUCACAUUCUAUGUUUCUAUCUUUCACAGAAUAUGAAACUGAAAGAAAACAGGGGGAAAAUACCAUUGGUACAUGCUUCACUAUUAGUAUUUUUCUUGUGUUUUUUUUAAAAUUCAUAUUUCUAUGCAGGAUCAUUCGAUUCAAGGUCAUUACAUAAAAUAAAAUAACUAAUUGAAGACUAUACCCACCAGGAAACUUUGCUGUUACAUAUUGGGGUUCUAUUUAUGGUCUUGUGAGGCAGUCUUUAUAUUUAUUUUUGAUUGUUGCCUUCUAUUUUGUGUGUGGAUACAGAGGGUUUCAAAAGUGUGCAUGUAUACUGUAUAUGUAUGUGUGCAUGCGCAUAUCACCUUUCCCCUCCCUUCUCUCUUUGUAUACAAGCUGCUUGCAUUGUCAGGGAAGCUACAGGCAAUGUGACAGAGGCCAUUUCUGCCUGGGGUGAUGAAUGCAAGACUGCUGCGUGCACCCUUGGAUUUAAUUUUACAUCUUGCAGAGACACCCCCUGUGAAUAUGGACUGCUAAACAACUUCCAGGUAAAUGUGUUUGCACCAGUUAACAGGCAGCUUUAUGUUUUUGCAGACAGUCCACAACAGCGAGUCAGAAGUUAUCAGUUAUCUAUUAUUAAUUAUUAUCUAUUAUUAAUUAUUAUUAUCACUCGCUCAGUUUUAUUUAUUUAAGUGAGAAUUUUUCAUAAUUCAAAGUGAAUUUAAAAUUUAAGGCCAAAGUAGCUGAACUCAAAGCAGAGUUGGCUUGAAGUUUUUUUUUCCCUGUUGAGCUAUUUUGGCCUUAAAUUUAAAAUUCAACUUGAAUUCCCAACAAUUCUCACUUUACUUAAUAACCCUGAAUGCCUUUUUCUUGUGUUCAUUUUUUGUGAUAGGUUGUUACCAGUCUAUGUGGUUGAUUUUCAAAUUAUCAGACAAAGAAAUAGGAAAGCAGUUCUAGUUAAAUGGUGAAGUGUCCCAGGUCCCUUAACCCUGCAAAGGAAUUUACUGUAGCUUUUAAGAAACUGUAAUAAUUACCUUUGUUGGUUAACUCCACCUCUAGACAACCACUAGAGGGACUUCCAGGUCAUUGGGUCACCUUUUGGUCGCCUAAGUGAAGCUGGACAUCCACAUGCUAUGCAUGAGGACAACCAGCAUCGCCCAAAACCCCAUAGAAAGGCAUUAUACAUACUUUCCUAUGGGGGAAGUUCUAAUGGGAGCGCGAUUUAGGUUUCCCCUGCCGAAUCAGGAGGAGCAGAGGCGGAGCCUGAACCAGCGCUGAGAGACAUCGGCGCUGGUCUUAGGUAAGUGACAGAAGGCGGUUUUAACCCCUUCUGCACCAGCGGAGCGGGAAGGGGGGGCACUAUAAGGAGCUAUAGUGACAGGAAAGCAACUAUGUUUUCCUGGCAAUAUAGUUUCCCUUUACAGCUGUCUGCAGUGGUCCUGGUUUGGAAUGUAGCCUCAUUGAAAAAAAAAAAUAUUUAAUUCCUGGAUCACUGACGUUCUUUGAGUUGUGGUUUGAAAAGCACUGGUCAUUAAUCCUAAUUGAUGUACUCUUGUAUCAUACAGGGGGAUAUUAUGCAUUUUAGUAACUCUCUUUUUAAAAUACACUUUCAAUGAUUCGAUUUGCCUCACAUGUGAUAGGACAUAUAUCCGUGACAUACCUUCCAACUUUGUUGUCCUGUGAAGUGGGAUGCUGGUGGGAGGGGUAAAACUAGACAGGUCAGUGAUACAAUUUGUGUCACUUGGAAAAGGGGCAGGUCUGCCUGUUUAAUUGACAGGUCAGGCUUGUGUGACCGCACACCAGGCUGCCUGCCAAUCAAGAAGGCUAGCCCACCAAGGGCAAACCAUGCAGAGAGCACUGCUUCAGUGAUGUAAGUGGUACAUGGCCUGAAAUACCAACAGGUUGAAUGUUUGUGAGUGACGUUUGACAACACAAGAUGAAUAUUUAUCACAUUUCUUUCUCCUAAGGUAAUGGCGAUGUUUUCGGGAUUUGCUCCUCUCAUUACAGCUGGCAUCUUUGCUGCAACACUCUCAUCCGCAUUGGCCUCGCUGGUCAGUGCCCCUAAAGUUUUCCAGGUGAGGAUGUAUAAAAUAUCAUGUUGUCCAGAUGGCUCAAGCAAAAGUAAUCUAUAAAGUAAAACUCUACUUCAAAAUUUUCACAACACCCAUGAUUUCAGAUUUUAUAUCUAUGCCUAACUUUCCUUCCGUACACCUUAAUGCAAGAUGCUUGAACCAGAGAUAUUUAUUACCGGUAGAUUCUGGCUGUACAAACUGGUUAGUUGGUUUGAUUCUUUAAUCUGUCAAAUUUAUAGUCUUCUAGAGGUCCAGAACAGUAUCUUGUAUUUUUACAAGGGCAAUAUCAUAAGAAAUUGGGAUCAACCAUAAGCAUGUAAACUUAAGAGUAUAUUUAGUCUGUAAGGUAUGCUGUGAGAAAAUAAUUGAUAAGGAUCUAACUGUAUGGUGUUUAUUAAGUUUUUCCAAGUAAUAUAAAUUGUUUUAAUUUAUAAAAAACAUUAUUAUUAAUUAACAUAAAAAAAAAAAUAUAUAUAUAUAUAUAUAUAUAUAUAUAUUUAUUGUUUUAAUAUUAUUAUUGUUAUGUGAAAGUAAGGACUAUUUGACAUGUUCUAUAUCUGGACUAUCUUUUCUUAGUUGCACUUUCAGGUUAUUAUUUGGCGUUCGCUGAAGCUGACAGAUGUGGCAAGCCUUGGGCCACCCAAAAAUGAAGUUUUAUGUAGUGGGAUUGUAAUAAAAAGGACAUUCUAAAUGAUUUUAAAUAAUGAAUGUUAAAUAAGUAAUACGUUUCUGAGCUUUUUUAUUUUCAAAAGGAGCAUUUUGUUAAGAUAUAUAUCUAUAUAUAUUUUACAUUCCAAUGUUUUGCAUGAAGAUUUUUUCAUUUUGUUAUUCUUAAAAACAAAAUAAUGUCAGAGCAUCUUCUGGAGUGACAGAAACUUCGAAAUAGUGGCCAUGAAACCAGAGCCCAGAACACCCAGUGGCCAUGAACCCAGAUACCCAGAUACUGGGAAACAGUGGCCAUGAAACCAGAACACCCAGUGGCCAUGAACCUAGAUACCGGUAAACAGUGGCCAUGAACCCUGAAACAGUGGGCACCAACUGCGUCACUCAAGGAAAGUCCCAAAAAAACACAAGUUAACUCUUUUGUGCCAGUGCAGAGCAUAUCUGUCUCUAUGAGACCACUUCUUCGGUGUUCUGUCUAUAGAUAGUACAGGUCUGCUGUCUAACGGGGCCCCUCUUUGCAACGCAAGUGAUGUGGAUUAGGUACCUGGCACACCUUCAUUCUAGCUACUCUCACACCAAUGUCAAAACCUUGCAGUUUUGGAAGGCGCGGUGUGUUAUUAAGUAGCAAUGACGCAUUAUUCAGCUGGGUAGUGUUACUGGUAUUGACAAUUAUAAAUGUCUAUCACACCUGGGUCUCUAUUCAAUUAUCCCCAAAUUAAGUAAUUUUGACAAACUCAACAGUGACUGAAGACUGAAAGUAUAACCUACGCUAAAGUGAAUGAAACCAAUAUUUGGCACUAAUGGAAUCUGUUUUUUAAAGUUAGUCCGAUGGCAAAGCGUUGGCUUAUUGGACUAGGUAACUUAGUGACCCUUGCGUUACUCAAUGAACAAAACAUUUACUCAUAAUCGUUACUGUUUUAGUAUAACUGGUUCAAAUCACACAGUGACAUGUUAUGCUAUGUACACCAAUGCAUGAAAGUGAUUCGCAAAUAAAUAAUGGAAAUAUAUUAUUAAUAUAGCAUGGCGAAUCUUUAAAUUCUAUGAGCAGAUAUUCUCUACAGCUUAUGUUUCAUUUUCUUCAGGCCCUUUGCAAGGAUAAUAUAUACUCUGGGUUGCAGUAUUUUGCUAAAGGUUAUGGCCAACGGAAGGAGCCAAUUCGGGGUUAUAUCCUAACCUUCGUUAUUGCUCUUGGUUUCAUUCUCAUUGGUAAGAUCUAUAAAUCAUUUUUAAAAAAAGCAUGGAUGUAUUUUCGCAAGGACAGAAUAUUCAAUUAAUAUGUGUGUGAACAGGUUGUAGAUCCAAGGAGAAAUAUGAUUGCCAUUAUGGAUUGAAGAAGGGAUUUUAGACUUUUUAGAUUUUUUUUUAACUUGGGUAACAACUAAAAUGCAUAGGAGAGAUUCUGAUAAAAAUAGGGAAUGUGAAGAAAGUGAGUGAAGGGGAAUUCAGUACAAAGCAGAAAGUGAGUGAUUAUACAAGCAGCGAUAUAAUGGAGAUGCUUAGUUCUAUGGAAAGAAUUAGGAGCUACAGACCAUUUUUCAUAUUUGGCCUGCAUCCAACCACAUAGUUUGGUACAUAUUUCCUUUUCAUUACAAAAAGAUGAAAAGAAGCAGAAAGCAAUGUGUCUUUAGCAAACCUUUAAAUGAUGCUGUGAUUGAUAGGUUAAUUACAAACAAAAUGGUGAUUUUUUAUUAAAAAAUUGCAAUUUCCUCAUAGGUUGUUGACAGACAAUCUGAUAAACGGUACUUGUGCAUCGUAGCUGCAGAUGUCACUAUAUAUACUCCCAUUUUAGACACAUGUAGUGUUUUACAUAUGCAUAAUAUAUUAAAUAGUAUUGUUGCUGGUUUACCAAGUCUUUUAGGCUGCUGAAUUUGGUAAGGGAAAAAUGGAUCUGCUAAUGUGUUCAUAAAUCAUAUCCAGAGGGAUUCUGAACACAACUUAAGUUCAUUUGAUUUCAUUUUUACCUAAUUUUCAUGUUUGUUAAAACAUUCACCGAGGGUAAGGUGGUGCAGUUACACUACGACAACUGCAAGACUUUUUUUUCCCCUUUAUUAUUUUUUCAUUUUUAGCAAAAUGAUUAAAAAAAAAAUGUUGUAGAAGAAUACAGCAUGAAUAUGAGACCAAAGCCUGUCAAAAGUUGUGUCGAUGCCUGAAGUAUCCUUUUGAGUUUGUCUGGUUAAUGUAAGGUAUAGGGCCCUUUCUUGUCUCACCAAAAAAAAAUCAGAGAGUUAAUAUUGUGAUUGAGUCGACAUUGUUAAAUCUUAUCAACAGCCAUUUACUAAACAAUAGAUUGUCUAAAUGUUUCUUGUAUUUUUUUAAACUGCAGUUUCAUAGUUCCUUCUUUGACAUAUCUUCAUUCAUUAUCCUUGCUCCUACAAGUAGUCAUGAACUGUUUGUAGAAGGUUUUAAGUUCUUGUCAGUUGGAAGAGGCUCGGCCAUCAUAACUGGCUUUCAUUGUGGUCUCCAAUAAUGUAUAUAGUUCUAAUUACAUAUUUUUAUCAUUUGUUUUCCCAGCUGAGCUGAACACUAUUGCCCCAAUCAUCUCAAAUUUCUUCUUGGCCUCUUAUGCCCUCAUCAACUUUUCUUGUUUCCAUGCCUCCUUGGCAAAGUCCCCAGGUAUAUGUCAGCCAAUGUUGGACUGGUAUUGUUAUACUUGUAUGAAUGGAAAAUAAGUAACAUCGCGUUAAUCUAUUUUAUUAACAAUGUGAUUCAUAGCAUACCUGACAAUAUUCAUAAUAUUAAUGAUUCAUUUAACCUGUGAUUUUGUAUAAGGAAAUUUUGAAAUGGGAAAUGAUAAGGACAUUCUUAAUGGAACACUAAGAGUACCAUAACAACUACAGCCUGAUGUAGUAGUUAUAGUGCCUGGAGUGACCUUGCAGGGCUGCUUUUAUUGAGUGUUUAGUCAAUGAGAAUGGCCCUGUUUCAAACCGUGCUUAGCUCACGGAAGACAUUUGGCUUUUCCUGUAGGAGGAACCAGGGGGUCAUGAAACGUUGUCAAGCAUUUUGAUCAGUAACUCUGUGAGGAUGCCAGGGUACUCCUGGCACCAUAACCACUACAUCAGGCUAUAGUCAUUACAUAUAUGGGGUAUUCCUUAAAAUCGGAAAGAUGUCUCUCAAAUCAAAUAUUUUGUGAAAAUAAAUAAAAUAUUUAUGAAAAAAUUUAAAUCUCAAAAUUAUUAAAUUAAAUUCAAUGUGAAUUAAAAAUGUUGAUUUAAAAAAAAAAAUGGGAUAAUGAACUCUCAAGUUGAAUUUUGUCAUGCCUAGGGAAGCACAAAACCAGGAUACACCACUGAAUUAAGUACUUUAGGGGUCUGGAGUGGUGACCCUCUAAACUUUCACUACCUACUUCUCCAAAUAUAAGACAUUUUACCAUGUUGGUGAUAUUACUAAGGACAAAUUCGUUAAUCAUACCACAGCAUUUAGAUUCUCGGGCAGCACGAUAGUUAAAAAUGUCAGCUUAUUUUUGUUCUCUGGUCAGGGAGCAAUUGAGAUUUAUUUAUAAUCCAAACUAAUAGAGAACACAGCAAGGUACCAUGAAUAAUAAAUGGAAAAUAUUGGAAAUGUCAGAAUACUAAUAUGUGCAUUAGAGCCAUAGGAAAAACAUUAAAAUCUAGUCCUAUCUGGAUACCAAAAUAUACUCUACAGCUAUACAGAUGUAUCAGUUAAUAUGCAACAGGGGACAAACACCUCUAACCAAUUAGUUGAUUCGUGGCUCUGUUCUUUUGGUUUCCCACGCGUGUUUAUGUUUCAGUUCUCUCUUUUAGACCUUUGGUAAGAUAUUAAAGCACAUUGAGAUAUUACCAUAUAAAACAUCUUAAAGGACAACUGCCACCUCGAAACAAUUUCUAAUUGUUUAAAAUUUAUAAUGUAGAAUUAUAGUGAUAUAUAAUAUGCAAAUAGCAUUUACUAGAAUAAUUCAUGUCAUUUCCAUUUUUAUAUUAAUAUAUAAGACCAUGUGAUAUAUGACAGCCAUAUACCUACAUCCUUCAAAUAUAUAUAUCUCUCUCAGGUCCGGAUUAACAUAGGGGCUGAUUACCUAUGGAAUAGGCCGAUUGAUUUAAAAAAAGCAUAGCUUAGGGCAUGUGUUUUCUGAUAGCUAUAUCCUGUAAGUUUCCCUCCAGCACCAUCUCCGCCAAAUACAUGACGCUUGGGAGAUGUGACUGUUUUAGUGUUUUCUGUCGAUUAGACUCUGUAAUUAGGCCCAUCAUAAUUGUCAGCACCAGGCCCAAUGGGCUCUUAAGCUGGUCCUGAUGUAUAUACACCUUGGUUCCGACAGUGUUUAGAAACCUUAUUCUCCGUGGCCUUCCCUGCUUCACUCCCACCACAGCAGCAGGAAAGACUGUCGGUUUUCAAACUGUUUUUCCCCAUAUGUUUUAAUAAAAAUAUAUAGAUUUUCUUUCAAAUCUUUAUGAAAGGAUUAUUAUAUUAAAAUAGUUUUUGAGGUGACAGUUGUCUGUAAGUGUCUGGAUCCUGGGACAUCCUUGCUCUCUUCUGUACAUCAUAGUGUUAAGAGGCAAAGACGGGUCUUAUAUAUUAAUAUAUAAAUGAAAAUGACAUAAAUUGUUUUAGUUGCUAUUAAUCUGAUUGCUAUUUAUAUAUUAUAUAUCACUAUAAUUAUUAUAAUUGUUGGUAUUUAUAUAGCGCCAACUAAUUCCGCAGCGCUUUACAAUAUUAUAAAAAAGGGGAAAUUUACAAGAAAUUAGAAAAUUACACAGGAACAAUAGGUAGAUGAGGGCCCUGCUCAAACGAGCUUACAGUCUAGAGCAGUGGUUACCAUUACCCAGUUGUUUCUAAGAUGUUUUUAGAAAGAGAGAAAAAACACUUUAGACACAACAAGGUAAUCCCUAAAUCCUGGACUGUUAAGGGGUACUCGAGGACUGGGUUGGGAACCACUGGUUUAGAGUAUAAUGCUACAUGUAACACUGGGAUCGUCCUACUUGUAUUCAGCUGUCAAAUAAAAACAAACAAACACAAAAUGUCUUGCUAUGUUAGAGACAAUCUUUGUUUAAAGGGGCACUCCUGGCACCAGAACAACUUCAUCUAAAUUAAGUUGUUCUGGUGCCAGAAGGCCGCCGGGGGCACAGUUAGGGUUUAAAACAUUCUGGAAAAGUUUAACUCCAAAGUUGCAUUGAGUGACGAUUUCACCUCCCCCUAGACGGCUUGUGAAAUCUCAGUUUCUGGAAGUGCUGAGUGUUGCCAGGCAAGGGGAGUGACUCACCACAAUCAGUGCCUCACCAUUCACAAAACUUGUUUGAAAAAGGUACAUUUUUUAAAAAAAAGCCAGUUUUGUGAAUGGGUAGUCACUGAUUGGUUGAGAGCCUCAGCCAAUUAGCAGUGUCCCUGCCCGGCGGCACUCUGUGCUUCCUAAAACUGAGAUUUAAGAAGGUGGAUGCUGCCUGGAAGGACCUGAGGAUCAUCACUGGAGGCGACUUUGGGGUUAAACCAUUCGAGAGCGGUUUUACCCUUGAAGGUAAAAAUGUGUCCAGGGACCUCCUUGACCCAUAACAGCUUUAUUUAAACGAGGUUGUUAUGUUGCAAAAACUGACUAAACUGUCCCUUUAAAUGUUCUUCAAAACCUAGAAUCUAUCCUGAUUAGGUAUGAACAGAUGGCACAAUUAGACUGUUAGGCAGUAUAUUAUUAGUUACAUAUGUAUUGUUGUUUUUUUCAAUUUUUUUUAUUAAUUGGUUGAUUCUUUUACAGUGAUAUUUUACCCCUUAAGGACACAUGACAUGUCUGACAUGGCAUGAUUCCCUUUUAUUCCAGAAGUUUGGUGCUUAAGAGGUUAAAAUAACUAAAUCUUUAGGCUCUAACAUAAUAGGUAAACAUUAGUUCUAGUAUGAAGUCAAUGUCAAAUGUCAUACAUUUUUGUAAAGAAAAAAACACUCCCCUUUUCACACACUGGUGUGUAUAUAUAUGUUAAUAAUGCGUUUUCCUUUUGUAGGCUGGAGACCGGCGUUUAAAUACUACAAUCUGUGGGUGUCUCUGGUGGGAGCCAUUUUAUGCUGCGGAGUCAUGUUUCUCAUAAACUGGCAGGCAGCUCUCCUGACCUGUGUAGUUGUUCUUAGCCUUUACAUAUAUGUCACUUACAAGAAACCAGGUGAGUUAAUAAUCAUUAACAGAUAUACAGCACAUGUCCUGAUCCUGUCCUGUUGGUUGUAUUAUACAUUAUUAAAAUAAUAAGAUACUCACCCGAACUAACCAUACAUAAAUUCAAAACAGACUGUUUUUUAGAACUCUGUCAUCCCCCUCCCGCAGACAAGUAUUUCAUAAAAAUAAAAUGUGUUGGAAUUUCACUCAAAAUAUGCAAAGACCCCAGAAGGUGACAGAGCGCUUUAAUUAUCUCGUUGUUGUUUUUUUUUUUGCAUACUCUGUUUUUUUGUUUUUUUAGAAAAUGUGAAUUGUUAGGAAUUUGAGACAAAUUCUAAAUUGAUUUGAAAUUUAAGGGAAAAAUGUCAGGUCAACUAGAUUUUUAUUUCAGCAAUAGUGGGUCAAAAUUUUAAUUUCACUUUGUAUUCACUCUGAAUGCCUGACUUUAUACAAAUUUUUAUAAAUGUUAAUAUUUAUAGAUAUAAACGUUGGUGGAUAACCCUGCUCAUAUGUUUAUAUAAUCCAAAUAAGCAGCCCAAAAUGUGUGCGUUAUGUAUUUGUAUGAUAAAUAUACCGUGAUGCUUAGUUUUUAACCAUCACGUUUUAGUGAAAUAUACUCAAGCUGCUUUUUAACCCCUUAAGGACCAAACUUCUGGAAUAAAAGGGAAUCAUGACGUCACAAAUGUCAUGUGUCCUUAAGGGGUUAAUAAAAAAAAAAUACAUCUUUAUCUCAAGUAAUUUCGAAUUACUUCAACGGCAAAUUACUAUUGAGUUGCCCAAGAUAAAUGUAUUUCCGGUCGUAUAAUCUAUCUACUGAUGGUUCUUUACAAUGAUAACUACUUUACAUAUGUAUUUAUUUAACAUUUCUUAUUUUGCGCUCCGAUACAAGGCUCUUUACAUAGAUUAGAAUCAAUGAGUACAUUGAUAAUACAAUCACGGAGAACAAAACCCAUUGGAACCUUAUACAGAUCAAGUCCUAUAAAACCUUAAAAUCAGGUUGAGUCGGACUGGGAUGAUAUAAUUGUAUUGUCAUUAGUGAGCGUAUUGAUUUUACGAUCAUUAAUAGUACAUUAAACAAAAGAGUUCUGUUUAUCUAAGGAUACAUUAAGUAGGUGGAAUAUGAACACGGGGUUUUAUAGGGGCUGCGGGAAAAGCAUGAAGUCAGGAUGACGGUGAGCUUGUUUGGAGUAGAGAGCUUUCAGAGGAGGUAGUGAGGCCAGAUCACUUGGAUUAAGAACGACAGGGAAGAGAAUUUAAUUUUGAAAGAUUUGUAAAGAGGGGCGUUUUAGGUAGUUUGUGAAAAGUUGUAAGGGAGCUUACUAAUGUCUUUAGUAAAUGUAAAGAAAGGAUUAGCACCAUAACAGUGGGUUAGGUUUCAGAAUGAGUGGUAUCAGCAAGGCGAAUUCAGAGAAAGGGGUGUUGUUGAUGUUAUGGUAUGUCUAUGCUUUACGAGAAGAACACUGAAAUGUCUAGUGCUGGGUUAUUAGCCAGAAUACAUUUUUAAGUCAUUGGUAAAAAGUCACAAGAAAAAAAAAAUUGAAAUUGUUGGCAGGCGUUUGAACUUCCACUUCACCAUACUAGUUCAGAUCUAAUGUAGCAUUGGUGGACAGACGUAGGUUAAUGUUAAAGCUUUCUUUAUCAAACGUUUACUAUCAGGGAACUCCAAGUACCAUAACCACUAUGGUGUCCUGGUGUUUAGAGUAUCCUGUUAAAUGUGUGAAUAAGUGCUUCACCGUUUGUGCAAACAUGGUCUACAAUUUAAAAAAAAUAAAUUGGGAUACCUACUUUUCUCAUUUGAGUUGUCACGUAAGGUUGAAAUAGAAACCUUGUUUACUGGAGUUCAUUAGAGAAUGCAAUUUGAGUUUUUAUACAUGUUUAGUUAUUUGUAAAGAACGAGGAUGAUUUUUGGCAGGCAUAUUGUUACUUCUCCUUUUUUUUAUGUUUUAAAUAAUUUGUAGAUGUGAAUUGGGGAUCUUCAACCCAGGCACUCACUUACCUUAAUGCUCUUCAACACUCUAUUCGUCUGUAUGGAGUGGAGGACCAUGUGAAGAAUUUCAGGUACCAAUUUUAUUCUCAAUUUGAUAUCAUGCUUUCUGUAAUGCAUAUGUGAUGCAGAAAACCAAAAAAAGCCUUCAAUAGGGUCGUAUGGGGUGACUCAAACUCUCAAUGGCAUUUAUGAAACUUAAAUGUUUCCCAUUAUUUCCCAUGAUGUGAAUAUAACCUCAAUCUUCCCAAAAUAUAGUUAAUUAAUGGGUUAAAACUAAGGUACAAAGGUACAAGUAAAAACUGUGAAUGGACAAUAGCCCCAUAAUUUGUCGUUUGGUGGAUUUCUGGUCAGAUCUCAAGUUAGUUUUAGUUGUGUCAUUACAGGGAGAACCUUUAUUUAUAUCAGACUGGUCUCUUUCAAACGGGCAGUCCAGAGUUGAGAAGUUCUAUCUGCACAAGAGAUACAGCAGCCUCAAAUUAUCGUAUUGGACUUCAUUGAUUCCUGUCCGUGAGAUGUAGUGGAUUCCACACUAGGCACAGCGAGAAAGGGGUCCAUGUCUGGAUUAUUAUUUUGCCUUAGAGACAUCGAAAUAAAGAGAAGAUGUUUAAGUUGUUCACAGAAUUAUUUUGCUUUCUGUUUUGGCUUGUUUCAAAUUGCCUAGGACCUUCCUAAGGUAAAAUGGUGAUCUAUAGCUAGAACUCCUUGCUCAAUGUACCGGCCACACUUCAUUUGUGUGGCCCACCAAAGCUGAAAUGACCUCUAGGGUGAGAUCAAUUACAUAUUCAAACGGUUGUCCAUAAUAUCAAAAAUGUUAAAACCAAUUUGAAAACUGAGCUGGGUCCCAACAAAGGGUAAGCUAUUUGAAUUGUUAUCCAUUUUCAGUAUUCCAUUGAGCAGGGUUUUGAUGUAUGAACGAGACACUGACUGCUCACUGUUUAGAAGAUAUGACCCAACAGACAGUGUGUCGAGUGGGCUGUAGUGUACUAACCCUGGCGGCGGGGGGAAGUCCACUCUGGGUAACAUGCGGCAUAGGGUACACAGAGCACCCUCUGUUGCCAAAGCAGGUACCUGCUAACGCGUGGCAGUUACCACACAGCAAGUGCCUGCUCUGCAGAUUUUAUUUAGUAGACAUCACAAGCAGUCGAGAACUUUCUAGGAUCAAUCUGUGCUUUGACUGCACAUCUACCUUACUGCCCUGUACCAAUGUCAAGAGUCAGGAUGUAACAUUAAACCAGUAUCAGUAAAGAGCUGCAGCAAGCUGUGCAAUCAGUACACAAAUUAAUCCCUGCAGCAAACCACUGGGCCCCAGGGAUAAAGUUCUGUUUAAAAAAAACCAAAUGCGUGUGUAACUUUACUUAAUGUAGUCAGACAUACACAUGAAAGAGAAAUAAUAGGCUUUAUAGAGCAAAUAAAUAUUCACUUGUUACACUGUACAAAAACAUGCAAAUUGUCCCCUAGCACUUCUAGGAAAUCUAUUCAUAAAGAGGACAAUACAUAGGACACACAUUUAGACUGGAUGAAAGGAGAUUUAGUCUAAGGCAAAGGAAAGGGGUCUUUACAGUAAAAAUUAUAAGGAUGUGGAAUUAUCUGCUUGAAGAGGAGUCUGUACAGAUGUUUAAACAGCAACUUGAUGUCAAUAAUAUUCAGGGAUGUCAUAUUUAAUAUGUGGGGUAACAGCUUCUUGGUCCAAGGUGACAUCUGACUGCCAUUUUGGGCUCAAGAAGGAUUUUUCCCCAGUUGUUUUGCGGAAUUGGAAAGCUCUUCAAACUGGGUCUCUUGCCUUAUUUUGGGUCAACAGCAAAAGCUAAUAUGAGAAAGACUGAACUUGAUACAAAUACAAUAUGUGCUAUCUCGAACAAUUGAAUAAUCCCAGUAACUGAUCAAAGCUGCUCCCACACUUUGUGUGUACCCUUUUCCAAACCACAUAUAAAAAGAACUUCAUAUGUUUUGUUUAGCUUGUUACAUUUUGAACCAAAGUUCAUGUACUGCUAUAAAUUAUUUAAAAAAAAAACAAAACAAUUAACAAAUAUUACAAGAAAAUAUUCUUAAAUAAAUUAAUAUCUUUUAGUGUGCAGAAAUUGCAGUUUACUCCACCAUUUAGAUAAGUUAUCGUUAUGCAAAUAUUGUAAAUCUGUCAGAGUGUAAUGAGACAUGCGAUAGACAAUGUGAUACCUUGAAGAAAAUAUUGUUUCUAUUCCUCAGACCACAGUGCCUUGUCCUGACCGGAUCCCCUGUAGCACGACAGGCAUUGGUGGACCUUGCCCAUUCUUUCACCAAAAAUGUUGGACUUAUGAUAUGUGGACACGUCCAUGUGGUGAGUCUGUAUGUUUUAGUAUAUAUGGUUUAUUACUGGCUAUCACGGACUAUCACGGAUAACUUACCUGGAACAUGAAUCUAUGUGAAGGCCUUGCUGCUAGGGGUAUUCUUUCGCCUUGAAUCCUUCCCCCAGUGAAAAGGGUUCUCCUGUGCCUUUAUGCUGAUGGAGAAACCUAAUGUGCAUGCAUGGUGACUUCCAAUGUCAUUUCAUGGAGUUAAUGCAGGAGAAUGCAGGAAGCUCCUCUAGCGGUUGUCUGGAAGAUGGACAGUAGAUAUUGUCUUAACCCUGCAAUAUGAACAUUGCAGUGUCUCUGAAACAACAAUGUUUUACAUUGCAGGGUUAAGGGGAAAGGGGAACUUCACCCAGACCACUUCAAUGAGAGCAUCAGCAGAAUAGAAAGUGAGGGACAUGUCACAACAAAUUCCCACCUCUCUCAUAGUGUAGGGGUUAUUGAAUUUCCCUUUAGGCUCAAGCCCACGGUGUUUCUGGAACCCUGCUCAGAAGUGAGUUGUAAUAGCCAAGAAACAAAAUAAUAGUCACACAAACAGGUGACUUCGUAGCAUCUCAUGUUAGAUAGGGUGAACACUGCAAUGGUGAAAAUUUAAAGUGUAUGUUACAUGGUUUAGAGGCAUUCUGGAUGUGGGGACAAAAGAUGAGGCCAGAAUUGAAAAGAGCAGCAAGCCAACAAGUGGUGUCAAAGUCGUCAAGGCUUCAUUGAUAUGUAGGGAGAUAGACAAUGGAAGCAGGUAUGAUAAGAAGUUCAGUUUCAUUAUCAUCUUUUAGAUAAUAGGAAGUGACCCAAGUAGAAAUAGAGGUAAUUCAAUAGUUGACACUUUUCAGGUGAUUAGUAGAGACAUCGGGUGGAGAGGUAAAUCUGAAGGUCAGCAGAGUAUAGAUGGUUCUAGAAUCAAGUGGAGCUAAUAAGUUUGCCAAAAGAGGCAGUAUAAAGAAAAAACCAAAAGCGGCCAAGAUUUUGGUGUUUGGGGAGGGAGCUGGGGAAUGUCUAAGGGGAGAUGGAUGUUUGUAGAAGUCUUAGAGGAAGACAAUGAGCAGUUAUGUGAUGCCCUAAAACCCUGUGGGCAAAGCUGAAGUAUUGGUGUGCAGGCAAAGGGGCUGCAUUGAUGCUAACAUGCAGCCUUGUAGAUAUGGGGGGAUUGAUGGCCUGGAGUACCAGAGAGCUGGCUAUAUUGCAGACUUACGGGAGGACUAUUAGCAUAAGGUCUGUUUUCUGGAAGAGGAAAACCCUAGGUCAAAAACCUUGGGAGACUCCAACAAAAACAGGUCCUGGGGAGGAGGUGGUGCCACUUAAUAAGAAUUGAGAGAGACAAGACGAGAACCAUGAAAGGAAAGGGUUACAAAAGUCAAGGCUGCACAAGGCUUGAAGAAACAGUGAGUGGUCACGAAACUAGGUGGCAUAAAUUUCCUACAAGUUCCUCUUCCCUGCACUGCAUGUGAAAAAUACAUUCCAUUGUUCUUUCAUGUGAAGCCUUUGGACAUCUCUCUAUAAUUAACACUUUUAAGACCUCUCUUUAUUACUUUGCAGGGUUCCCACAGGCAGUGCCAGAAGGAGAUAAUGUUAAACCAGGCCAAGUACCAGAAAUGGCUUAUCCAGCACAAGAAGAAAGCCUUCUACUCUUCAGUUUGUGCCGAGCAGUUUAGACAAGGAGUUCUAUACCUGAUCCAGGUAAAAGAAAAAAAACUGUUAAGCAUGAACGUUAAUAUUAUUAUGCUAACACAGAAUAGGGUUUAAUUUUGUACAACUUGCAUUGCAAGGCCUGUUCAAUAAACAGUGAAUUCUGGGAAACAUAAUACUAAAAUUUCAUAAUUUCGAUGACAAAAGCAGUUAUAGAUGAGUUAGAUCUAUUUCCAGAUCAGCUGUUUUAGAUUAAUAUUUACAAAUUAUUUACAAAUUAACUUUUGGUUCACCACUUUGGUGUCCAAUUUCCAACAGCCUUUGUUGUCGUUUUUUUUCGUGUUCAGAGGAGCUUAGUACUGAAAGUUAAUUUUACUUGCAACCAUUUGCAUUCUGUCAUUCGACAAGUUUUCAAUCAAACUCUCUCACAAUUGUAUGGAUCCAUCAGAUUUUAACCUGAUCUUCCACUACAUCGUGAGAACAAAUCUGCUAUGGUUUUUCGGAAAUUCUAUAUACAAUACAUUCUAUGUGAUAUGAAUUCAUAUGCGCUGAUGGGAAAAAUGAACACUAUAAUAAAUGACAUAAUUGCUUAUAAUGUCCAAAUAUUUUUUUUAUUAUCAAGGCAGGAAUUUAAAUAAAUAAAUAAUAAAAAAAGUUACCUGCACACUAUCCCAAAUCCCUAUGUACAGGGGGAGGGACCUAGCCAUCAAGAAGAGCAGACGUGCAUAGCAUGAGCUCGUUUACCAAAGCUUGAAAACUUAGACUCUCUGAAGAGAUUUCACCCUCAAAAGCUACCUAAUUGAUCACCUUCGUGCCCCUGAUCACGGGGGAGCUCUCUCAGGCAAACUUGAAGCCCCUCUACAAAUCUUGAGGCAAGAAACUGUUUUGCGGCCUACACAUCUGACGGACCCUGUGGAGGGGAUACACGGCCAUUCUCCCAGCCUGGAGCUGCCGAUGCUGGCAUCAACCGCUGCUACAGCCCCAUUCCCCACCUUGGAUCAGUGGGGAUUAUCACGGUCUACACUGGCUGCUACAAUGUACGAUAGUGCAACCCUAGCUGCAGAUCCUAAGCCUAAGCCUGAUACACAGCUUACUAUCCCUGGAACACUUACAACAGGGGCUGGUACACGCAGACCCCACUGCUCAAUCUCUGCGGCGGCUGGAGGAAGUGCUGCAACACUUCUGGGAAUCCAGUGAGGCACGACAAGAGGCACAGCUACAACAAUCCCGGGUGACAGACCGAGAGAGCAGCAGCCAGGUGGUGAGUGGGCCCACCCAGGGCACUCACUUCCCCAAACGGCAAGUAACCUCAACCUACCAGGGUCAAAAGCCAGAGGGGUUAAAACCCCAGUGCAUUGCCUACGAGGAUGGAAGAUCCGGUCCGCUAUCAGCGGCAUGGUCCUACCCUGGCCUUCUGUCCCCUCCUCAGGGGGAAGGACUUGGACCCAAAGAGGGCUUGAGUCCGUGGCCAAAAAAUGCAGGCCGGUAUGCAAGCCCCGAGUGGAGGGGACAUCAGGAGUGUUAAUCCUUCCGCUCCCCGGCACCAGAAACAUCAGCUUCCCGAGCAAAGGAAUAGGCUGAUGCUGCCAUACUAUCCAGGACACUGACAAAUACCUAAAUAUAGGACUUACCCCCAUUCAGCUGUAGCCACCAUGUGUUUUAGGACUUCACAAGCUCAUAUAGGCUGGCUCUUACUAGGAAUGUCCAAAUCAUGCCAAGCUGGUUGGCUAUCCCUAUCUCUGCUGUUCUCUAAGCCUGCUAAUCUCAGAUCUGCAUUACUGCAUGGAUCAUUCCCUUACACCUCACUUCCAGAGGCAUAGUUAUUACCUUGUGUUUAUAGCGCAGAGGAUUUUUUUUCUUGUUUAUAUCGUUUUCUCAUUGACAUUGUCUUCAUAAUGUCAUAUCUAUGAGGCAUAUCAGUGGCCUAUCAGCUUGUAACAAUCUUUUGGCAUGCUAACUUACAUUAACGCUUCUUAAAACGCAGUACUCUAGCCUGAAACUCCAUAUCUUUAAAAAUUGUGCUGUUAUACUAAUGCCAUACCAAUGUUUUGACCUGGUGAUAUUACUGUACUUGCUCAUGCUGUCGUGGCAGCUCAAGUUCAUUUGUUACUUUAUGCAUAGCAAAAAAAUAAUAAUAAAUAAAAAUAAAUCCCUAUGUACAUGUAAAUAACUGGAGGUUUUUCAGUAUCACUCCAAUGGCCAUUUAAGUGUAACAAAAGGGGUAUUGUUCUCAACCCCUAUCCCCUUAUUAUGCACUGUAACAUGGCUCUUGGUGUAUUGUCAAUGUACCCCUUUUUUCACCUACGACAUAUUGCCUUGAUGAGGCAGGUGAGCUUACAUUUUAAUGGCUUUUGGAGUGAUACUAAACUAAAAUACUAUACUCCGGUUAUUUAAAUGUGCAUAGGAAUUUGGGAUAGUGCAACGUUACAUUUGUUUUUUGUUUUUUUAUUCUAUGUGUUGAGGUUGAUGAGUACUGUUAUUAUUUAUUUAUAUAGCGCCAGCAAAUUCCAUAGCACUGUACAAUGGGUGGACUAACAGACAUGUAAUUGUAACCAGACAAAUGGACGCACAGGAACAAAGGGGUUGAGGGCCUUGCUCAAUGAGCUUACAUGCUUGAGGUAGUGAGGUAUAUUGACACAAAAAGGUAUAAGUAGGGGUAAUGAAAUAGAUUGCUAGAAAAGUAGUCAUUGCUGCCACCCAGGAGUAGUGGGAGUUUAAGCACAGGGCUUAAUUUUGUGUGGUAGGACAUUAGUAUGCAAUAUAUCAUCAACAUUUGCUCCCUGUACAGGCAGCUGGCCUGGGUCGUAUGAAACCAAACACACUGGUCUUGGGAUUUCAGACUCUGCGGACUAUAUCUGACCAGAUAUCUGUGGAUGAAUAUGUAAAUAUAAUACAGUGAGUAUUCCUCAUUUUAUUUUACCUGUUCUAAGUCCUAAAUUACAAACAUAGAAUUACAACGAAUAUAGAAAUAUUUGUUCCUUGUUCAGUAGCCCACCCCCACAUGAGAAGGUACACUUACCAAAAUUGCGUAACAUAAACAAAUGGGGGAUUAGCACAAUUCUGUUUAUCCAUGUGGUCAGAAAAAAGAAAGGAAGGCAGCGCCACUAUAAACCACAUAAAUUAAAAGAGCACAGAAUAGGCAGACUAGAAUGCAAUAUAUAUGAUAGAUAAUAAGCAAACAGAAGUCCAGAAUAAAUAGUCUGACUGGUAGAUGAAUCAAACAAUGAGGUAUAUCUUUGUAGAGGUGAAUACAGUCUUUUGUAGUGGGGGGUUCUUCAGAGUGGUGUAGAUGCGUCUUUGUACAUCAUAUGAAAUGAGAAAAUAACAACUGAUGGUAUAGUAUGUCCCGAAAGGGGUAGAAGCAAUAAAAGAGUAUAUGGUCCUACUCACGUUUUCAAGAGCUAUAGACUUAGCUCUAGUGUUGAUAACGUACAGUGGUAUAAUCCCCACUUAUGGGAUACGUGAGGUCUUAGUAUUCUUUCUUGAUUAGGGAACCAUAUGUGGAAAUAAAAGCAGGAACAACAAUGGUGCUCAAAGUAUAAAAUGCCAGAGGUGAGAAGAUAAAAAACCAAGUGGUUACUCACAUUUAGUUGAACAGACUGACUGUUCAAUGAAUACAGCUUGAGUGGUAUAAUCCCCACCUAGGAUUCUUGGGAGUAAUAUCCUCACUGGAAAGUAAAAACACUUCUGUGCCGGAUAAAAGGAUGGUAGCAAUAAAAAAGUAAAAUAAUAAUAGUAAUAAAAAGUAAGAUGGCUAACUCACAGUAAGAAAGUGGCCAAAAUACCUUUAUUUAAAACAAUAUAGUUUAAAAAACCACAACGCGUUUCGCCCUUAGGCUUUAUCAAGUGGAGAUCAGAAAGUACAUCCUGUUACAUGCAGGUUUAUAUAGGCAGUGAACAUAUUAGAAAAUGGCGCCAAAAUGAUGUCAUAAUUUUUUAAAUUUUUUUUUCAAAAGUGCUGUAUUCACCUCUACAAAGAUAUACCUCGUUGUUUGAUUCAUCUACCAGUCAGACUAUUUAUUCUGGACUUCUAUUUGCUUAUUAUCUAUCAUAUAUAUUGCAUUCUAGUCUGCCUUUUCUGUGCUCUUUUAAUUUAUGUGGUUUAUAGUGGCGCUGCCUUCCUUUCUUUUUUCUGUACCAUUUCUGUUGUAAGGCCUGUGAGGGAGCCCUACUUUUUAGGUGUGCUGCCACUUUUUACUUAUUUAUUAUUGUUUCAGUUUUAUUUUGUAUAGAUAGAGAGCUGAUCCCUUUCUUCUGUUCUAUCCAUGUGGUCAAACUGGUGAAUCUUUAAGAGCCUUUUUUAUUUAACUUACAGGAAUUCAAGCAAUUUAUCUCCUCAUGGCUUUUCCUAGGCUGACUUUGGCCUAGACAAAUAACCUUCUUUUAAAUCUAUUAUCAUUUUAUAUAUAAAAGAAAGUAUAUACCGAUAUAUAUAGAGAAAAAGUUGAGUAUCUGGAGCACAACAACAUUUCCUACGACAUUUACCUGUAACAUUUGAACCAUAACUUCAACAGUAUAUGUUCAACGUUAUUCUAACUUGUUAUCAAUAAAGAUCGCCCCUUUGUGUGUGUUUGUGUUUUUGUAUGUAUUGAUGUGCUUUGGUCAUUCUUUCAAUUGCCUAUUUAUGGAUUUGGUUAGGAAAUUUCUGAAUUAUUCACUAGAAUCUGUAUUGUUGAGGAUUCAAAGUGAAUUUCAAAUUCGAAAAUCACGUUGCUUUCUUGAUUCACUAAUGAAUUACCCUUUCCAUAGUAACCACCACUUUUUCCCAUUUUGUAAAGUGGUGAGACAGUUAUUCUGAUGCUUGUAUUAGAGUUGCGGUCAUAGAAGACCUUGUUGAAUCCUGCUUGAGAAUUGUGAGGGCUGUUUUGUUACCUUCUUGCAUUGAGUUGCGCAUGCAAAACAGUGUGACUAUUGCAACAAGAGAUAUGAGCCGACAGGGGUCUACUGAAAUGGAUCUCACACCAACAGGUUGCCAAGCAGAAGGUUAAGGUCUAUAUACUAAGGUCUAUAUAGUAACCAUGAGAUAGAACGUGUACUAAUGCCAUAUACUGGCACUGAUGCCUGUCCAUAGUGUGAAUGCACAGUAGGGGGGCAGGAAGGAAGGCUGUGUUGUACGAUUCACAGAUUUCUUGCUCAAUGGAUGGAGUCAGUGAGGUUAUGUUUUUUUUCUGAAUUAGCCACUUAAUUUUCAUUUGUUUUCAUUUUAAUAAGUAUUGUGGAGUUUUAGUACAAUAGACAGAUAAAUCCAUGUCAUAUUUUGAAAGCCGAAUGUUACACCGUACGGACGGUGUUCUAAAACAAAAUGUUAAAAUGCUUCUGCAAUGUAAUGUGUUUGCAAUAUUUUUAGUGUACUGAUAGUAUUCUCUGUCUGAUACAUUUAUUUUCUAGUGAUGCAUUUGAUUUCCAAUAUGGUAUCAUUAUAUUAAGACUAAAGGAGGGCCUUGAUGCUACAGAAAGUACAGUACAUGGUGGGUAUCCAUUUCUCAUUUGUCAUAUAAUAAACGUGAUAUUCUUCUAGUAUUUCAAUGAACCUCUGGGUAGUGUGGCCCUCCCAAGUUCUGAGUCGUUGGAUGACAUGAUGUUUGAUGUUGAUAGCAUUUCUCCCUACUUUUCAAAUAGCAAAGAAAGGACAUUUUUAAUUUAUUUUUGGAAGUGGUAUAGGAGGUGUUUCCGGGAACAGGGCUAUUCUGGGACAUUUCAGAGCACUUUGUGACUUACCGAUAAAACUCUAUGUAACUGAAAUAGUAAUUCAGAACAAUAGCAAAGUAUUUUUUUUAUAUAGAUUGCAUAAUUUCUACAUGCAUUUGUCAAGUCGAAGACAUUUUACGUUUAAUUUCAUUCCCAUGAAGCUCUGUUUUAAUAGACCCAUGAAUCACAGCCUGUUCUAUAUAUAUAUAUAUAUAUAUUAUAUAUUGUCAAAUGUUAAUGUUAUGUAAUGUUUUCUUUAAAGUUGGUUAGUAUUCGCGUAUGGGGUUGAUUUUGGUUUUGUUUGUUUUAAAGGAGAAGUUAUUGCUCCUAAAGAAAAAGUGAAGAAAACUUCAACUGCGGGAAAGAAUGUUGAAGGUGAUUCUGAUUCUCAAAUCAAUGGAGGUAAUAGUCUUAACAAAAUAUUGAUGACACUGUGAUGAGGCUGUUAUAAAAUCAGGCUUUCCAGAUUCCAGAGUUAAAUUAUUGAAUUAUUAACAUUAAAGGAACAUUUUUAGCCUUUAUUUAUGUAUUUGUCAGUAUAAAGAAUGCGUGAAAGAGCAAUACAACACAUGGUCAAUAUGAAAUAAUAAAAGACAAACAUGUGGACUAUAAUUUUAAUAACCGGGUGAGUGUGGAUAUGGCACAAAAAACAAUGUAAGACAUCUCAGGGUGUAUCGUAAGUGCUAUGUACCUCUUAAUAUGUACGGUUAGUGAAGCUCCUGUACAAGGGUCCAUGAGGCCACAUUACAGAUAACUUUGAUGAAUGGGAUCGUAAGAGACUCAAAAGUGGAUGUAGUAGAAUACACGAUAGGUGGGGUAAGAGCCACGAAAGAGGGGAUAGAAGACAUAUUAGGGAGGAGGGGUUGAAACACGAGGGUGAUAUAAGAAACACAAGAAAAGGAGUAGGAGGAAAAAAAAGGAGGUAAGAAAGAAAAAAAAGAGAAAGGGCUAAGAAACAAAAAAGGGGUGUAAGGGAAGGGGGCAUAAUAGACAAGGUGGGCAUAAGAGACACAAAAAUGGGGGUAAUAGAAGCAAGUCGGCACAAGAGCCGCAAGGGGUAUAAGAUACACAAGAAGGGCAUAGAAGACUAAAGGGAGACAUAAGGGACACACAAGACAUAAGGCAUUUAGUCACAAGGGUGCAUGAGACACAAGAGGCGUUAGAGAGACAAAAGGAGGCUACGGUGCAAAAGGGGGAUACAAACACAAUAUGUGGUAGGAAACAAAAAGGGGGUUAAAAACACAAAAAAAGGGAAAUAGACACAAACAGGUAAAGAGACACAAAGCGGGAAAGAGACACAAGAGGGGCAUAAUAGACACAUGGGGAGUAUGGGGGCAUGAAGACACAAGACAUGGGUAAGAGAGACAAAAGGGGGUUUAGGCACAAAUGGGGGAUGCAAAUACAAAAUGAUGGUAGAUGGCAUGGUCAUACUUUGACUUCUUUUCUUGACGUUUCUUAAAGCAACAAGCCCUGAGGUUGCAUCACCGUCAGUUACUUCUGCUGGACACAAGAUCUCCACAGACAGUUCCUCUCGGUUCCAGAGGAAGCAGGGAAAAGGGACCAUUGAUGUCUGGUGGCUGUUUGAUGAUGGAGGUAACAAAAAUCGCAUGGUUAUAGCCUGACAGGGGACAAAAUGUGAGAAAACCAAUUGGUACCAGUACGUGAAAAUGAUUAUCACCUAAUCACCCUAUGCUUAUAUUAUGUUGUGAUUGUAGCUAUAUAUAUUAUGUUUAAUUCCAUCUUAUAGUUUGCAUGCUUAUCAUGGAUACAUUUACAACUAAUACACCCACAAACUAUGGUUUUCAGCUUAAGGUUUCAAACAAUGAUCAUUAAAUUAGAAUUAUACAUACCGUCCUACUGAAACCAUUAUCUUCAUAGGUCUGACUCUGCUGAUACCAUACCUAUUAACUACCAAGAAACAGUGGAAAGAAUGCAAAAUCCGUGUCUUCACCGGAGGAAAAAUUAACGCUAUUGAUGACAGCAAACGCAUGUAAGCCAUGUAUCAUAUACAAUUUAAUUAAAGACAAUUAUUCUGCCUUUCUCCUAAUUGUAGCAUUGAAUGUGAGAAUUUAAAGUAAAUUUAAAAUUCAAGGCCAGAGUAGUCAAACUGAUAGUACAGCUGAUUUAGAGAAAUUUUCCAGUUCAGCUAUUUUGACCUUAAAGUGACUACCCAGACACCUAAAGCACUUCAGUUUACUGAAGUGCUUUAUGUGGGAAAAAGGUGUAUCUUUUCCAUUUUGUAAGAAGUGCAGAUUUCAAUCGAAAUUGGCACUUUUAUAAGUUAACCUAAAUACACCAUCCUGGCUUUCAAUCAGACAACCGGUCUUGUUACUUCCUGGUUGUUUAGCUCAGUGGAACCAAAGUCAAGAGGCCACAAUUACUCAAAGCACCUGCCAUGUAAAGCCUUCUCAUUGAGCUGCAUUGGAAAGUCUGUGAUUGGACAGCCACAGAAAGUCUGGGCGGGGUUAGAAGGAGAAUACUUGCAAAGGCAGCAGACGAGAAAUCUGCAGCUUUUGCAAGCUGUUUUUAGAUAUACUCUCAAUGAAUAAAUGUAUAAUUAAAUGCAUGCAUGUUUCCAUAGGCAUAUAACUACUAAACAGUGAUUUUAUUUUGUAUUUGGCAGUGGAUUAUCCCUUUAAAUUUGAAAUUCUCACUUUAGUGAAUAACCAGUUUUGCAUUCUACAACGAAAUGCAUAGAACUAUAGAUCAGGGUGUUGCUACAGUUCCUCACAGUAGUUAGUUUUCAAACUAAAAUAAAUUGGUCUAGAUGUUCUUGGUGUUGGGUACAACAAUGGCUUAAAAAUAAAGCAAAGAGAGUUGUCACUAAUGGUAGAUUUUCAAGCUGGACAAAAGUGGUAAGUGGUGUUCCUCAUGGUUCUGUUCUGGGACCACUUCAGUUUGGCAUAUUUAUAAAUGACCUGAAAAAAAGGCAUUGAAAGCCAUGUUUCAGUGUUUGCAGAUGACAAAACUUUGUAAAGUAAUGCUAUGGAAACAGGUUAUUGCUUUGCUGCAGAGGGAUUUGAUAGAUUGGGGGACAGGGCACUAAAAUGGCAGAUUAAAUUUAACGUAGAAAAAAGCAAGGUUAUGCACUUCGGGGUCAAGAAUGCACAAGCAACUUACACCCUAAAUUGUAGUGAAUUAGGGAUAACAACAUGCAACCUGCAGAUUUUGCAUACAUAAUGACCAACUGUGGCACAGUAGGAUAUAUACAGACACGCUCACACUCAGCUCGUGGUUGGUUAAAAGCAGCAUACACUCGCCUACUCUGUUAGCAUAACAGCCAUGUGUUAGUAAAUAGCCACUCAUCAAACCACAACGGGUUGAGUCUGUGCAAUGCAUUAGGCCGACACUGGUUAAACGCAACAGCUUUACUGAUCACUCACAAUCAGAUACUUUCAAGAUUGGCAAGAAAGACGACAAAAAGCACACUUGAACAUGAUAUUAUAUUAAAUGUUGUAAAACAAUUGACAUGCUUGACGAGCCUCUGCACAGGCAACAACUAGUAUAUGCAUUCAUGCAGUGAUAACCAGGCCUCUGCGCAGGCACUAACAAUAAUACGUUUGCACUGGAAUAUGUUAUGAAACCAAUAAACAUAUUUAAAACAAAACAAACCAUUGUCUGGAAAUCUAUUAAUAAAUAGGACAUAAGGUCUCGCAUUUAGACUGGAAUAAAGAAGAUUUAGUAUAAGGCAAAGUAACGGGUUUUAUACAGCAGGAACAAUAAGGAUGUGGAAUUCUCUGCCUGAAGAGGUGGUUUUAUAAGAGAUGCUUAAACCGCAAAUGAAUAAAUUCUUGCAAAAACACAAUAUACAGGGAUAUAAUUUUUAAUUAGUGGGGUAAUAACUUCUUAAUUCAAGGAGAUAGUUGACUGCCCUUCUGGGAUUGAAAAGGAAUUGUUUCUUACUUUGUUUCAAAAUUGGAAGUGCUUCAGACUGAGUUAUUUUGCCUUUAUGUUAGAAAGACAGAACUUGAUGGAUGCAAGUCUCUUUUUAGCUAUGUAACUAUAUGUAACUAUAUGUAACUGUGUAACUUUGUAAGCCUGCAAAUUUUUCAUCAUGUUUUAAAUGUAUUCCUUGGACCAUGACAACGUGAAGUAUUUCAAUGUAUUAUAAACUAGAGUGAUUGGAGGGACUUGGUCGGAAUCCAUAUUUAUUGCGGGGAAGGGUGGGGGCAAGGAGGGGAGAUUCUGUAAAGAGUACAAUACAGUGAAAAUAUUCUAGUUGUAGUUAUUGUAAUCUCACUGUCGUUUUCAUGCUUUUUCUGUUUAAAGGAUGGCAACGUUACUGAACAAGUUCCGCAUCAAUUAUUCUGAUAUUCUAAUUAUUGGAGAUAUAAACAAGGCACCCAGGCCAGACAGGUAUGGUACAGAUUGAAAGAGCUCUUACUGAAAAUAUUGGCGUCAAAAUGAAUCUGUGCAGUAAUGGGAACUCAAAGUAGACAAGAUCGCAAAAUAAUUCUAGCAUUGGCGUGACAAGAUCUCAUAAUCUCGGCAAACAAGACUUCAUAGGAUUUUAUUUCUGUGUGUUGACUAAAUGGUAUGCUUUUACAUCUCUCGCUCUAUCUAUCUAUCAUAGUGUAUCUAUUUUAUUGACCACUGACUUGAUUUUUUAAUCACAGAUGUAAUUUGGAGUAGUAUGCCAAAGUUGCCUGGGAUAGGUAACGUUUUAGCUAUUUAGAUAUUCUCAGGGCAUUAAGACCCAUUCCACACUUACCCCCUAAUUUUUCCUGCUUUGUUUAUAAAUGUGUCAUAGAGGGUGGACAUGUGGAUGGAGACAUUUGGAACGGUAUGUGCCUUAAGGCAAUGUACUAAUGCUACACAAGUGAAAAUAGCGAAGUGAAAAACACUAUGCUGUUAUUCUAUAACUGAUAGUAACUUAUGAGACUGGAAAGUUCAAAAAGUAUAGGCGGCCAUUAAGUUUACUCAAAAGUAAUCAUGCUGUUUGUAUAGAACAAUUGUUUAGAGCCAAGUACUGUGCAGGUGGAAGUUGUAAACAGAAUAUUUGGUGUAGAUUCAUCUGAAGAGAUGCUAGGUGCUAAAGUAUUUAUAUUCCUUGACAGUAACACCAUAACAUAAGGUCAUAGAUUGUGACAUUAAACAUGACAGGAGGUAACAUGGAUUGAUAGGUGGCUAAAUAACAAAAUGGAUCUGACCUAAUAAAUCACAGUGGCUGACUGUCAGGGUCUUACCUGAGGUGGGAGUCUGUAGCGCAGAUAUGUUUUCUCACCCUUGCAGAUAGACACAGUCCAAGGUGAUCUGGUAAGAAGCCACCUAGACUUUGACUCCGUGCAUGAGGGCUGUGCACGAAAGGUGUUCCAAUGCAGUACCGACAAGGUUACAAACAUCAGGAUAGUCAAGGGAUAGCCGAAGUAAAAGGAUGCCAGAGGUCAGGAUAAACAAAGCCAAAGUCAGAAGCUGGGGUCAAUAAGGAAUACAAGUUCAGGAGGCUAGAAAACAGGAACUGAACACAUACACCAGGAUGAAAGACUUGAUAAAGUGCUCAGGGAGGGGCAGUUUAAAUACCCAGCAGAUGAAUGGUCAGUCUCAGGUGAAGCACAGCAAUGACCAUAGAAGAAGUCCAGCCCCAAGUGCUGCAGACAUAGCCAGGAAUAAUAGGGCUAGAACAGCUCAAAAGAAUCGGAACUGCUGUGGCUCAAAGGCAGAUAGCAGGCCCAGGACAGCAAAGGACCCAGGUUCAAAUUCCCUGUUGGGCACUUGUAGCAGCCACGUCUGGCCAUCUGUAUGGCACACUGACAUAGACUAUUAUAAACAGAGGUGAAAAAUGUUGAUUAUGAGGGGACUUUCAUGUCAUGUAGCUCAAUGCAAAUGUCUACAUAAUUAAAAUUCCUCACAAGCAUAGUGUUUACACAAAUAGUUUCCCAUGUCCUACAAAGGCCACGUUACCUUUUAAUUCCUGCUCAAUAUGAGGGUAGCAUUAUUUCUAGGACAAGUUUAUCUAUUUAAUUGGUCACCAUUACUCAGAAAGUCAUUUGGGCGAAAAAAAAUGUUAGAGGUACCACAACAAUGUUGUCCACAAUUGCAACAUCUGUAUUCUUUGAAUUAGUAGCCUUUUUACCUUGUCUUGGAGGUACAGUAUGUUCCAAAAAGGAGGCAACUCAAAAUGGGUUUCACAAUGUCCUACCUAUUUCCUUUUUUUGCAAUCUAUAGCAUAAAAUGCUUUGAAGAUCUUGUGGAACCGUACCGGCUGCAUGAAGGAAACGUGGACAACAUCACAGCAGAAGAGAUGAAGAGAAAGGAGCCAUGGAAGAUCACUGAUGAUGAAUUAGAGAUGGUUAAAGAGAAGGUAAGACUUCAUUCUUCAUACAGCUCACUCUUCCUUACUUAGAUUUCCAUAAACUAUUGCACAAUAUUCUCUUUACUGUGGUCAUUAAGCACUUUGGUCUCAAUUUAAUAUUUUUCAAUAUGCUUUUCAAAUUAUUUAAUAUUUUGAAUAAAUGUUUCAAAUUUAUUUUUCUAAAUUUUAAAAUAUCAAAAUUAUAUACUAUAUAUAAAAAAUGUCAAUAUACUGUUUUUUCCCCCCUAAAAAUAUGAAGUAGUUUUAAAAGUGGUUUCCAGAUCCAUUAAAUUAAUCAAAAAUCUUCACAAAAACACUGAUUCUUUAGCUCCCCACUGACUUUGUAGGUUGUGUAUCUGUAUUUAUCAUCUAAAUCAAGUAAUAAGAAAAUGUGUUAGUAGAUGUCACUAAAAAUCAGUUCCAACCACAAUACCCAUGAACUUUGGUUAAAAUAUUCCUGAGUAGGUUUUCUAUUUUUAGCAUGAAAAGUGCAGUUAUGUAAAAAUAGAAACAAUUAUGUAAAAAAAAAAACAAAAAAAACCUCCAUCCUGUUAUUUGCAAUCUGUGUCCAUCAUCCUUUCUUUUACUAGAGGGACACUAUAGUUACCAGAACAACUACAGCUUAUUGCACUUGUCCUGGUGAGUAUAAUUAUUCCCUUUAGGGUUUUUGCAGUAAACCCUGUCUUUUCAGAGAAAAUGCAGUGUUUACAUUACGGCCUAGGGAUACGUCCACUGGCCACUCAUCAGAUGGCUGCUAGAUGUUCUUCCUGGCGCAGUGCUUCACAAUGUGCAGCUCUGCCAUUCAGUGUCUCCACCCUCUACAUGUAGACACUGAACUUUCCUCAUAGAGAUGCAUUGAUUCAAUGUAUUUCUAUGAGGAGAUGCUGAUUGGCCAGGACUGUGUUUGACUUGUGCUGGCUCUGCAUUUGAUCUGCCUCCCUGACAAGCUCAGCCAAUCCAAUGCUUUCCUUUUUGUGAAAGCAUUGUGACUGGCUUUGAAUAACACUUCUGAUGAUGCCAGACAAGCAGGCGGAUCAGGGGCAGAGCCAGCAGCAGCAACUGGAAUAAGUAAGAUUUUGCUAUAUUUAGGGAGUCAACUGAGGGCCAGGGGACUUGAUGGUGGUUUUAACACAAGAGGGUAAGGAAUACAUGUUUGUGUUCCUGACCCUAUAGUGUUCCUUUAAUGUUAAUUUUGCAGAUGUAUAAGUUUUCAUGUCCGAUCCUGAGUGACUGACACCUCUGGUAGUUGCAGUACAGCUCCAUAUCAGAAGACAGCUGUCUGUUCCUCCAUAACUUUGGUGGUAUUCAUAUUAGAGUAGUAACAGUUCUGUGUCAAUGCAUCUUGUCACAAGGCUUUCACUUUGUUGGAGAACCUGCUAUUAGGUGUUAGGGUUGCAUCCCAUCCAAUUCUGUGCAGCCACUACAUUUACAGAGUGGUCAGAACUUAGUAGUGACAAGCUGCACUGAUAUUAAAAUAGUAAGAAAAAAAAAGUAAGAAACAGAAGGUUCAAUAAACCCAACAAAUUGACAUUGUUUCCAAUAGUAAGAUUAAAGGGACACUAUAGUCACCUGAACAACUACAGCUUAAUGUAGUUGUUCAGGUAUGAUCUAUAGCUCCCUGCAGGCAAUCUAAUGCAAACACUGUAUUUUCAGAGAAAAUAAUUGAUUGAUAGGAAUACCUCCAGUGGCCGUCACUCAGACAGCCACCAGAGGGACUUCCUAUCAUGUAGGGCCCUAAAAAGGCCUUGUACACAUCAGACUAUUAAAAUACGUCUGACGUGUGCAGGAGAGAGAAGACACUGUGUGCGCACCUUCUCUCUUCUAUCUGUCAGCAGAGGAGAGGGGGCGGGCAAAGACCGCGAGCUGAGCUGUCAGUCAGCUCAGCUCGCGGCCGCGCACACCACGCGCAUGCGCGGUAGUGUGCUCAGGACUUCAGAGGGCGGCAUCAAUGCCGCCCUCUGAAGUAUGUGCGCAUGUGCGGCGAAGCCGCGCAUCCGCACAAGGGAGCAAUGACGCUUCCAAAUGGAAGCGUCUGAUUGCUCCCUGCUCACACCCGCCUAUUUCAUCAUUUUGACGAAAUAGGGGGCGCGGCUUCACGAGGCUCCCGGCACUGGAACCAGGUGAGUAAAAUCUUCUGCCUGGAGAGUCCCUUUAAAAUUAACUGCAAAAAUUUCCUGAAGGUUUUUGAUGUGUGCUAUUUAGUUCCAGCCACUAGAUGGCCCUAGAGAACACAUAAUCAGUGUACAAUUCUCAGACUAUACAGGCUAUAUUACAAAGUACUACACAAUAUAUCGUUAAAAGGGGCACAGAAUAUAUUGUUAAAAGGACAACACAACAAUGCUUUUUGGGCUGAUUACUAUGCAGCGUUUGAGCAUGCGAUAGACAAUAGUAUAGGUUGCCAUGACCGUCUGCAACUUGGUUGUCGUUUUAAUGAAACCGUAUUAGAAGUGAGCAGAGGGCAGCAGCCACACAAGCUAAACACUGCACACAAAGGGUGGUUAAAGGAUACGUUGUAUUGGUUUUUGUGCUAGUAGACUGUGGGCAGCAAUCGUCAGUACUGGGUCAAACUGUUUUUAAGUGAUUUGUCAAAAUCCAGGACUCCACAGAUUCCACAGAUGUUCUCUGGCUCCUAGUAUUGAAAAAGGAAAAGAACCAGAAGCAUAUUUUUCUUCUAGUAACAGAGAAUAUGAGAACUCUGAGAACUGGGGAAAAGCUUAGAGAAAAAUAAGAAAAAGAGAGGACAUAGUCUUAAAUUAGAGGGGCAAAGGUUUAAAAAUAAUACCAGGAAGUAUUACUUUACUGAGAGGGUAGUGGAUGCAUGGAAUAGCCUUCCAGCUGAAGUGGUAGAGGUUAACACAGUAAAGGAGUUUAAGCAUGCGUGGGAUAGGCAUAAGGCUAUCCUAACUAUAAGAUAAGGCCAGGGAAUAAUGAAAGUAUUUAGAAAAUUGGGCAGACUAGAUGGGCCGAAUGGUUCUUAUCUGCCGUCACAUUCUAUGUUUCUAGAAACUCAGUAACUGGCCCUUCGUUUUAGCUGACUUGUGCCAUUACAGAGUAAACCUCAACCAUUAGCAUAUCAGACUUAUCUCACCCAUCAGGGCAUUGCAGAACCAAAAUACUGGCAAGUUCUCUCUGCACGAUUGAUACAGCAACCCCGGACGAUGAUUUUGUCCUUCUUUGGGCCUCGACAGGAAGGUGUAGCUGAUACCCCUCUAGGCACAGUGAGCACAGGGUUCAUGUAUGAAUUAUCUUGUUAGCUUGGGGAGAGUCAAGUUAAUCAUUACAACACAGAGUGAGGAUAUUAGAACUCUGAGAACAGGCAAUAGGUUAGAGAAAUUCUAACUUUCCCUUUGGUAAAUCCCUGCUCUGGUCUCAAAAAUGUUUUUCCUCACUUGUGCCAUUAGUAAGAUUAAAAUAAACCAGCAGUAAUGACCCGGUGGGUUUUGAUCUGUGCUCUUAUGUUCCAGCUUCAAGGUGGCUCUAAAGAAAACCCUAAUCAGUGUACGACGGACAUUCGCACAAAGUAUAUAUAUAAUAGGACACUUUGGGAACCAUAACAACUUUAACGCAUUUGAUCGUUUUGGCCUAAUUCAAAUGCUGUAAUUUUUGCAUGUUCACAUUUUUGUGCAGAUUAAGUAAAGUGAAUUCAAACUCUGAGUUGGUGCUUAGAACGUGCCUUUAAGCACAGAGUUACACGAUUGAUUUCUGAUAAAUAAAAUGCCUCUACUUUGAGCAUAUUUGUAUGGUAUCAGAAUCCGAGCUAAACUCUUUGCGUGUUUACAAUUUGACAAGCUGUAAUAGCUAAAAGAACAUCACUACCAUGAAGAAUUCUUGAUGAUUAAAGUGACCACACGAAAAAGCAUUAACUAACUAAAAUAGCAACUUUUUCACGUGGUCACUUUAAUGAUCAGGUACUCUUCAUAGUAUGAACUUUUAUAGUAUAAAGCAGAACAGACUAAAGUUGAAAACUCUUUACUUUCAUCUAUGUAUGAUAGCUGGGACAGAUUAUUUCCAUGAUUAGGAAGCUGGUGUCCCUACCUAUACUUCAAGUGUUACUCCUGUCCUGACAACAUACCCACUGCAAUCCACUGUAGUGUAACAAUGCUAGGAGCACCCUGGUCUCAUUCCCUGGAAAUGAAGCAAACCAUUUUCUAAUGGGUUCCACCAGGCUCCUGAUGUUCUUUGUAGGAGGAUUUAUGACAUUUGCUCCUGCAGACCUGUAGAAGCCAGAUGCCAAUUUUGCCGCUCACAGCCAAACAAUGAGCAUCCAUACAUCGACAUGAAUACACAGAAUUGAUAUUAACCAGCCCAGAAUUCUUUUUCAGAGCCGACUCAUGACGCUCCAAUAAUGUGGCCAGUGGUAGAGUCACACCUCCAGCAGUAGAGGGGCUAAUUCACAGGUUCCAGGCACCAUGACCACUUCAAAUGCCUGAAGUAGUCAUGGUGCUUUUAUUACCCUUUAAUACACAAUUUAAUUCACAAUUUUGUAUUUUGUGGUCUCUGGUGUCAUCUACUGACUGGGAUCAAACAGUACAGUUCCUUCCUUCUCUUUCCUGUCUCAUUCUCAAAGUAUAACCCAAAAAGAGUCUACCUACAUAAGAUGAAUACCGUUAUUAGGGUGGUAUUGAUUGUCUACAAAAGCAGGAUAUUUUAUGUUAUUCCAGAGCUAUAUCGAACAGCAUGGGAUAAUAUAUGGCCCCCAAAUUUUUUUUAGAUAUGCAGAAUAAUCAUAAGUUUAUUGAUAAAUGAAAUGUAUUCCUUACACAAAGUAACAGGUGAUAUGGAUUUUAUAUAUUUUUAAUGCAUGAUGUGAUAUCACUCUCUGUAAUACAUGAUGGAUGUGUAUGAAGUAAGGUGUUUGUUUUCCUGUUUUAAUGUUGGAUAUGAUCAUUGAUUAUUAUUUCGUUCAGACACUGCGUCAGAUCCGUCUCAAUGAACUGCUACAGGAGCACUCCGCGUCUGCAAACCUUAUAGUUGUGUAA